AUGCGCUGCCUGCCGCUGCUCGGCUUCUUCGCCUGGGGCUUCGCGAGCUUGCCUGGGCCCAGCCGAGGAGCUUCCCCUCCUCCCUGCCCGCUUUCCUGCAGCUGCGAUGGGGACGGCGGGGUGGACUGCUCCGGGAAAGGGCUCGCCGCCGUGCCCGAGAGACUCAGCGCCUUCACCCACACCUUGUAAGUCGGGCGGGGAAGGCGACGGGGGGGGGGGAGUUGGUGGUUGCGCUUGCCUUCACCUUGCCAAACAGGUUGUGUGCGCUUUCGCAGCCGGGCCUGAGGGGGGGGGGGCGGAGGCGGGAAGGAGCCUCUUUCUUUCCUUUCUUCUUUGCCCCAGGCCUGACUGCGAAGCUUUACCUGCGUGGAGAUCGGCCCCGCUGCGGCCAAUCGAGAGCUGCUGCGCGUACCCUUCGCCUACCUGGGAAGCGAGUCCCAUUGAAUUCAACGGGACUUGCUUUCGCGGAAGCGCGCGUGGGGUCGUGCAGAUUAGAUACGGUUUUUUUCUUUUUCUUUUUUUACACAGCCCUUUUCCUGUGGGUGCUCCUUCAAAGUAAAUUAAGUGGGGCAUCCUCGCAAGUAAGUGUACUUAGGAUGCCAGUGCUUAAAUUGUAAUUCGGAUUCCGGUGUCCACUUAACUUGGUGUCAGGCAGCCUCCCUGAACACCUCGAGACUUAAAAUCGGGGUGUCGUUUUCAGGAUGGCUAAAGGGCUAUUAAAAAAAAAGGUCGAACUUUUCCUACCACAUCCGUGGGUAUUCAGGUGGGAACGUUUCUGAGCGCUAGAGGGAAACGGUUGAUAGUUCACUAAUUUUGCAUUCAUGAACAUAGGCUACAAGGAUGUCAUAACACAUACCUACCUAACUCAAAUGUGUGUGUAUGUGUGGUGUCAAUCCUAGGCAUCCUCUCUUAUUGAACUUCCAAGUAAACAUAGAUAUGACUGGGCUGUAAAUUCCAAGCCCUGUUUUACAAACCAGUAGGGAAGUUUUAAUUGAAUUGAGCCUAGCUACUGAUUUGCCACGUCCCCCCCCCUUUUUUUUGAGGCUGCGUACACAAUACUGACUUAAAGCGCAGGUGGGUCAUUUUUUCUCUCAAUUCAAAUGGAAUCUGUCGCUUGGGGGCGGGGGGAACGCAUCAAAACACAGUAUUUCAUAAAGAACCAUAAGACUGAUACUGGAUAGAUACGGAUCAUGGAGAACGAGUCGGGUGGGAGCACACUGUGGAUGCAGAAUGAGCAGGAGUGUAACCACAGCCUUAGCCGCAUUCUCCAAUUCUCAUCCUUUUAGUUUUUCUAGCAGAACAUAGGAAGUAGCCUUGUACAGACUCUGACCAUUGGUCCAUUGAGUUUAGUAUUCUCUACACUGACAGGCAGCAGCUCUCUGGGAUUUCAGACAAUUCUCUCAGCCUUACCUGGAGACACCAGGGAUUUGACCUGGGGCCUUCAUGCAAAGCAGAUGCUCUACCACUGUGCUGUGGCUCUUGUGGAAAAGAGGGAUGGCCCUUGCAGCAGUCCUUGUUGAUCUUCUGGUUAAGAUCUAUGUCCUGAAUAAAAGGGGGGGGGGGACAAUAGCUCCUAGCUGCUAACUUUCUCACCCACAUAUCUCUUGGAGAAAGGAAAUACUAAGAGAUUUAUGGAGAGGUAAAAGUAGAGCUUAAGCACCUGUUAGUGUCUGUGUCGCAUGAACAAAAGCAGUCAGCUAAAUUUACAGGUAUGCUCCGAAGCAGACCUGGUUUGGUUAAGGCAGAGCCAACAUACAAAUAUUUUGGUGCUGCAAUAUUCAGGCAUGUUGACUAAUGACACCUGCCUUUCUGUAUAAAUCAGUUGAUCCUGACAUGUUACUGGGGCUUGGAUUUGAAAACAGAUGCAGUAAAACUGAGAUUCCAGUACAAAUAAUCCCAGCCUUUCUAUCUAACAAUGCCAUUAUAAGAAAAACUAAAUACCUCAGAAAACAAUGCUAGGUGUGUACUGCAUCUAGGAUUUCAAGGGUGUGGUGUUCUAAGGUGUGUGUGUGUGUGGUUAAUCACACCUGGUGCUGUGUAUGCAGACUUGUCUUAAAAGCUCUGAGGAAUUUCCUAAAAAUUUUAUGCUUUUGGUCCUAAAGCUUGCUUGAGCAUUCAAGUAUCCAGUGCUUUAAAUGAAAUUAUAAGAUAUUCAGGGAGCACUGAAGCAAAGUCCUGUUUGGUUUCAAAGAUAGUUGGAGGCUAUAUGCUGAAUUUGUCAGCUGAGAAGAUUUGAGGCAGACAAGAAGAAUCAAUAAUUAAUUUUGAAAUUGAUUAUGUAGCAGAGUUGCAUUGUUUACAGGCCAAGAGAAGGUGGUGGGGAUUAACAUUAAAAAUAGCUGUGUAUAUGAAACCAAAGAGGAUUAGGUAGGAGUGCAUAAAAUAAGGAUUAUGAAUAUGAGAACAGGUUUGGAGUAAGAUGAGGUAGCUAGCGCAGGGCUGUGUCUUUUUUUAAAAAAUCAGGAGUACUGUGUACUUUAAACAUGGAGAGAGGGUACAGGAACUUGUGCAGAUACUCUCCUUAUUUCAUUAUAAUUAUUACGGUUUUUCACUUAGUCACUGACUGUUAUUUCCACAAAAUAGUACAGAUUGCUCUUCAGAUAGGAAAUGUAGGCAGGGAUGCUUCAAGCAUAAACGCUUUUUCAACUGGAUAUUGGUGAAAUAUUAAAGGAUAAGUAUAUGCUUGCUUAGUUUGGCUUGUGCAUUUGAGAUGUUAUGAGAGAGCUUGGAUCUGCAAUCCUAUAUACUAAGGCAAAACUCAUUCUGUGAGUGCCAGGUGAUUUGGGUUAUGCAGACCCAACAGUGCUACCCAUAGGGGAACCCCCAGGUUUGCAAAAAUGUACACAAAAAGUUGGGGGAGGGAAAAACCCUAAAAGGGUGUUGGGAUGGCAGAGCAGCUCAGUGGGGACUGAGCAUUCUCAGUUACUAUGGAAUAUUUUUUGUCUAUUGAAUAAAAACAGAAAACUUGGACAGGAGGACAAAGUCCCGAGAAUGGACAUGUCUGGGUGGGUGGCAUGCUGCAGAGGAGCACUCCACACUGUUGCAUUUUGUUGUAGGUGCUGCUUGUACAGUUUGACACUGAAGUACUUGCAGCAUGCAAGGGUCUCACAAUUUGAUGGUUUCAGAGUGAUAGUAUCUUGAAAUGUCUGGCUUAGAAAGUUGCAAUGCUAAGCAAGGCUUCCCACAAAUCUCAUAAUAGGGCAUGUUGGGUGUGCCUCACCUUUCCAUGAGGGGUUAACAGUGAAAAGCUAUAAUGAACGCUUGCUUUGAGCUGCAGUCAGGUCUCAUAUUACUGAAAUUUCACUGCUUUCCCCCCAAAGAAUAUUGUGGUAUACAUUUAGAUGUUGUCUGCACCAAGCAGGCAGCAUAAAUGUCGCUGCCCCAUGGGAAUUUUAAAAUACUAAUUUUCUUAGCAGUAUAUCCUUAUCAGUUUCUGGAUUAAUUUCUGUUCUAGCCCACUGCCACAGAUUAUUACUAUUACAGUGGUAUCUCGGGUUACAUACGCUUCAGGUUACAGACGCUUCAAGUUACAGACUCCGCUAACCCAGAAAUAGUACCUCGGGUUAAGAACUUUGCUUCGGGAUGAGAACAAAAAUUGUGUUCCGGCGGCGCGGCAGCAGCAGGAGGCCCCAUUAGCUAAAGUGGUGCUUCAGGUUAAGAACAGACCCCUGGAUCGAAUUAAGUACUUAACCUGAGGUAGCACUGUAUAACCCUUUUGCAGUGUUAGAACUUUGACAUUCACUUUUAGAAGUUUCACUAGGCCAGGUGUGAUGCAACAGACUAUAUCCAAACCAUGAUUUGGAGAUUCAUGAGUGUGUCACAAGUUUGUGUUGUUUACUCUCCUACUUUCUUUUGUGAACUCCAGUUCCUCCUUGACAUCCUCCUAUUUAAUCCCCUUUCCCCCACCAGCAUAAUGUUUGCCAAACUAACUAUAGGUAGUACAAACUAUAGCUAUGGAAAACCAAGAAGUGGAGAAGGCGAUCCUUAGGAGAGAGUGUGAGAUCCUGCAGAACAUGCCAGAGCCUUUUCAAUAUGGGUUGGAGGGGAAGGUUGCAUUGUGUUUAUGACAUCUGAACUGGGCCAAACAUUUAUGUUGUGUUCAGAAUGUAUGCUGGACUUUGAACAAAUAUGGACACAGGUUGUUUUCUUUUUCUCUCUAGUUAUAGGAAUAACUUAAAUGGCUGCAAGGGGAAAUGAUGGAAAGUGAAUUGCAUGUUAAGGUUAUUCUGAGCAAGUUGAGGAAUUGAAAACCAUUACAUAUUUAAAUUAGCCUUGGAAAUAAGGUCACAAAAUUGCUACCAGCAACAAUUUUACCAGCCCAUCUGCCCACACACAUACGUUAAUCAUUUGUAGCAUAUCAGUGACCUAGAAUAACAACUCAGAUAGUGCAAUUGCUUAUCUCCCAAUUUACAAAUGGCUCCCUGCCUUGAGGUGUUCCUUAGUGGCCACAAACAACCAGGCAAAUGGCUGUUUAUAAACUGAAUUAUCUUAAUAUCUUAUUGUAAAUGAAGUUAUUUUGUGAUAAUAUAAAUUAAUAUUUGAAAAUCAGUAUAAAGAAGGGAAGUAUAAUAGUUAAGAUAGAUACAAAUCUUACAGGCUGGCUGGCACUGGUGUGGUAGGAAAGAGAACAGUUUAAUGGGACAUGAAGAUGCAUGACUGACAGUCAUAGCAGUUACUAAAAAUACUGUAUGUACCGAAGAAUCUCUUGGAUUGCUUGGUCGCAGGAAACCUGGUUUCAUUACCCAGAGUUUGUUGAGAUUAUGACAUUGCAUUGUUGCAAGAUAGGUGAUGUCCAGCAUAUUGACUAUGCUAACAUAGUCAAUUGUGUCUUUUGCCACAAUUUCGCUAGCUUAUACUAAUGAGCAUGCUUGUUUUCUCUUGCUCUUGAGGGUAGGACUCGAGGCAAAGGCUUCAAGUUACAAGAAAGGAGAUUCCAGCUAAACAUUCAAAAAAACUUUCUGACAGUCAGAGCUGUUUGGCAGUCGAACAGACUCCCACGAGAGGUGGUGGACUCUCCUUCUUUGGAGGUUUUUAAGCAGAGGUUGGACAGCCAUCUGUCAUGGAUGCUGUAGCUGAGAUUUCUGCAUCGCAAGGGGUUGGACUAGAUGAGCCUUGGGUCCCUUCCAACUCUUAGAUUCUAUGAUUCUAUUAUAACUCAGUUGAAUUGAUCAUAACUAUUACCUAAGGCAAGGAAAGCUUUUCUUACAGUAUUUGUUUAUUUUCUCCAUGCUUUGCCUUGACCAUGUUUUCCUUUUUAUUCAGGUGAAAGGCCUGAGUAAUGGCUUAAAAUAUCACAGUUCUUUGAUUCUCAGUUGAUAUAAAAAGGAGGUUGCCAACAAUCUGAUGUGCUUCACUGCAGGCACUUAGUGUUUAUUGGUGUGUAUUCACUAUGCCAUUGCUUGAAGUCCACCUAAAGAGAGUCAAAUACAGUGGUGCCUCGCAAGACGAAAAGAAUUCGUUCCGCGAGUAUUUUCGUCUUGCGAUGUUUUUCGUCUUGCGAAGCAUGGUCCGUCGCAACUGCGCCUCUUCAAGCAGCUUUAAAAAAAAAGCGCAAGACGUUUUCGUCUUGCGAAGCAAACCCAUAGGGAAAUUCGUCUAGCGAAGCAAUGCAAAACCGAAAAACCCUUUCGUCUUGCGAGGCAUUCGUCUUGCAGGGCACCACUGUACGUACAUAGGAGACACCAUAGCGAGAGAGCAUCACCCAACAAGAGUUUUAGAGCCUUAAUGGAAUUGAUCCAAUUCAGGAUUAUUGACUGACCUAGCAUCUAGAUACAUUAGUUACCCUUUGAAUAAUAAUAAAAAAACAACAGGCGUGAAUAGCCUCAUCUGGAAGCAAGGAGUAAAGUAAUCCAGUUCUAGUAGACAUUUUUCCUUGAUAAGCAUUAUAGUAGGCUGCAGUUCUUUAACAUUGUUCUUGCUUUCUUUAGUUUUUAGGAUUCCUGUCAAACAAGAUGUCCUGUGUGGUGCUUCUAGUGCAGCUGUACAGGGCCUGGCCAUGUUUAUUUACAUUGGUUUAUAUUUUCUCUCUCCUCAUCCUAUGUAUAGUAAAACCACAAUUGCUGUGUUCCAUUUGGUUUGCUUCUUUCAUACCAGUUGUCUUCAUUUAGCUUCCCUCACUCUAGCCUCCAUAAUUUUCUUUCCGAAAAUUGUACAAGAGGUUUAUCUUCCAGAACAUGGAAAUCCAGAGUGCUAUGCUCAGUUAAAAUAGGCUAAAUGGCAAUUAGAAAUGUUGGCUACUGCUUAAUAGAAAAUAAGUGAAGUCUUCACGCUUGGUUUCUAAUAAUAGAAGAGACACUAACUUUGGGCAAAAGUUCACCUGAAAUUAAUUAGGCUUCCAUUUAAACAUUAUCUGAAAUACAGUGGAAAAAUUCUUCCACCAAUGAGACCUGUUUGUACAAGUUUUGUGUGUAUUUGUUCUAGAGGGAAUCUUAGUGGAGUAUCUUCUUUGUGGAAUGUCUUUCAUCAAGCAUUUUUGUAGAUGCCCACUUAAAUGAAAAGGAGUGUGCAAAAGAGAAUGACAUCUGUUUCAUGAUGUUGCACAAGAACAGAAUUAAAAAGCCUUCUAGGUACAGUGCAAUAUUUUUUCAAUAAGGGAAGACUGGAGACUGAAACUGCCUCACUCUAGUCUUGGUUUGUGAAAAGGGUGGCAUUACAGCCUUUAUUUUCAGUAGUUAAGCUUUAGGAAAGACUCAUUAGCUGCACUUUUUAAUAUGACCAUAAAUGUUUAUAUUGAUUCUGAGGUUUGUUUAUGUUUGAAAGGUGUUUUUCAGUAACAUGCAAGGCACUCUAUCUUUAAUAAAUAUUCAGUGUAUUUCCAACAUAGAAUAAAGUUGGAGGGGUCCUGAGGAUCAUCUAGUCCAACCCCCUGCAAUGCAAGAAUAUGCAGCUGUCCCAUAUGGGGAUCAAACCUGUGACCAUGGUGUUAUCAGCAGCAUGCUUUAACCAACUGCUUUAGUUCAUGUGGGUCUCGGAUCUUUUUUAACAAAACGGUAAGAAUUUUCAAGUGAUUUGCAGUUGAAGAAAACCUGUGGGUGUGGUUUGACGAUUGCAGAUCAGUGAGCAAAUUAAAUGAACAAACAGAACCCUUAAUUUAGAAUGGAUUUGACACUUAGUUUUGCUUUCUUUCAGAGCUCAUUUUUGCAGGAAAGUUUUCUUUUUGUUUGCUAUGCGGAGGGUGUACUGAGACUGGUUUGCAAUGUGGAGUGGUCGUGCAUGAAAGUAAAUCAUUACAUCUAGCAUUCAUCAGUCUUCUAGGAAGUACCUGUUGUAAAAUAAUCAGGUUUAGCAUAUCUAACUUGGGGCUUCAUGACUGUUUUGUAUAAUAGAAUAGGGAUCCUUUCAGAAGAAUAAAAGUGUGUGCUGACAAAGUUAGGAGAGGGCAUUGGUCUGUACUUCAGAGAUGCUGGUUGAUGGCUUUAGUUUUCAGGGGGAAAGCCCAUGAAAGACGUUUGACAAGUUCACUAGUCAAGUGACAGUCUGCCAGUGUUUUGUGCUCCUCGCCCAACUUGGUCACCGCUGUGGCAUUUGCUGCAAGAAAACUCUUGUUGCAGAUACUCAACAACAUUCUUGUUAGUUUCUCUGUAGCUAAAUAGAACUCUGUAAAACCAUGCCACUUCUACAUUGUUACAGGGUAUUAGAUAAAUGUUUUCCUAAGAGAGUUGUGCCAUUUCUGAUCAGAUAUAUUCAUGGCAGCCUUCCCCAACGUGUUGCCCUUCAGAUGUUGUGGGACUCAGUUAACUGCAUCCUGCAUGGCUAACGUCAGAGUCCAAAACAUUUGGAGGAUACUUGGUUAGGGUGAAUUGAUUUGUGGUAUAAUAAGUCUUGCUAUAGUGUAGGGAGGGGUAGCGUGUGGGCCUCCAGGUUUUGUUGGACUACAACUCACAUCAUCCUUGACCAUUUACCAUGCUGGCUCGGGCUGGUGGGAGUUAGUCCAACAGCAACAACAUCGGGAGAGUCGGUUUAGUCACCGCACUUCUGUUAUAGUGAGGCACUGUCUUGGUCUUUCUAGGAUGGCUUUACUACCUUUUUGUUUUUGUUUUGGAAAGACUUUAGUAUCUGAAGUGGCAGAAUAAUAGAUAUAUUCUGCUUCCUUGCCUCCCACUAUGCCCAAGGCUGAGCCAAACAGGUGAGGAUUAAUUAUUCCUUAUUCUGUUCAUCCAGACAAUAAAGUGCACUUCAGUCACCUUACUUUUGCUGGGUAGCCUGUGAAUACCUAUUCAAAAGUAAGAAAAUUCUGUCUAGCCUGGAUAUGAGGGUGUCUUCGUUUCACUGUAGGAAAAAUAGCCUUGUGUGUAGUGGUAAACGUGUGGUUGCGACCUCGAGAAAAAGUGCUUGGAUGGCAAAGAAUGGAAAGACAUAUCCCCAGUACAUCUUUUAAAUGGCAAAAGUUCCUGAAAUGUUGGGUAUUGGUGUAAGAAGUGGAGGGGUGAGGUGAGGUCCAAGUGGUUUCUAGUCAGUAUAUGCUUAGGUGGAAUGGAGAGUCUUACAUGUUUUAAUGCUUACAUGUACAUAAAGAAGAGGUAGUUUAUUCUGUGAUAAGCCAUUUUAGCAUAUAAGCAGCAUACAAAUUAAUAAAUAACAUUGAAAAAACUACAAUCCAUACAGAGUAACUGUACUCCAGUUUAUGUAACUUGAGGACCUAGCUUUAAUAGGGUUGCCAUAUUUUAAAAAGUUGUUGAGCUUUUUUUUGCUGUUUCAGCUAUUUCCAAUGACCGAAUCCCAGUCCACAGGAUUCUUUUAAACGAAUGUGCCUAGUUCUGUCUUUAGGUUAUAUUAUAUAGUUCAGCUAAAACAUUUCAGUUCCUUUCAUUCAUGCAUGCAGAUGAAACUGGUUACUGAUCAAGGAAGUGUUUCUGAUGGGUUGCCUUGGCAUUUUGCACUGGAACAUAGUUUGGUUUGUCAUGUUGUUGGAGGUAGUAAUUCUUGAAUUGCACACUAGUUUGCAUUAAUUCAGUGACAUGUACAGUGUGACUUGACAAAAGGUAAUGUGAAAGUAGUUGGCAAAAGUCCGUGAAGUCCAGGCUGAUUAAAAGUAGGUGCUAUCUUGUGAACUAUGCAAGCACUAGGGAUGUUUCAUUAAGCAGCUAUGUGAAUUUAGUAAUGAAUAAAGGCCAGAGGUUAAUGACCCAUGACAUGGCUUGUUUACUAAUGUUGUUCUCGUUAUGAAAAUGUGUGAAACUGCCUGUUAGGAGAGCCUGAUGCAGCUCUUGUUGGGUCAUUGACCACACUUCUGAAUCAUCCUUAUGUGGCUUAAGUUACGGUUCAUUAAGUAUAUUAACAUCUGACUGGAAUAAUUAAAACAUGCUGAGAUGGCCUGUGGUGUACAUGGUAAAUCAGCUGAUGUGAGGUUUCAUAUGUGCUUGGAUCCUACAACAAAUAUUAAUUUAUGUGGAAGUUACAUAUAACUCAACACUUUUGAACAUCAGGCCUUCUCUGAUGGUAUGUACAAUUUGGUUAUAGUAUUUAGACAGUUAUGUGAUCUCAUCUGACAAUUGGCUCACAUUCAGUUCUCACUGUGUUGAUGCAUGCACACUUAGACAGAUACUUUUGACGAUAAGCUUUCCCUCUACUUUUAGUUGCCUUUGAAAUAAUGAUAUUUUAAAAACCUGAGGAAAAUAAUAGGAAAGAUGCAUGGUAUUCCAGAAUUCAAAACCACUUCUUAUUUAGAACAACAACAAAACCCCAUAUUUUAAAAAGAACAUAGCUUUAAAUUGUUAUGGUGUCAUGGUAACAUUGCAAUAUAUAGUACAGACUACAGAUGCAUAUCUGUGAGGCACAUAACUUUGCUUUGACAUAUGUUUAAGGAAACAAAAAGAAAGGAUCUGUUUUUGAACAGGUGAUAGUGUCAGCAUAUUUCUCCCAUUGAUCUGAGCAAGGCAUCUAUGAAAGAUGAACUUGUGUUUUUAUUUUAAUUUUUAAAAAAGUUGAUCCCCUUUUGGAAAUCUCCAUUUGGUGUCUGUGUUUGUCUGCUGUGGAUUAUAGAUCAAUACCAGUUUGUUUUUAGUUGUGUCACAGUUGGCAUGUUGGUUAUUCUGCAUUCUGGUACUUAAGCAAACUCAAGUUAUUCGUAAACAUUAAUGGGCUACCGUGGAGCAAUAUUGUUUAAUACAUUUCAGCAGCUGAAAUUCUAGCUGAACUGUUAAACAUGACACUUAAAAUGUUGUGGGCAUUUUUUGAUUUAUAGACAUGGUUGCAUUUGGAAGCGAAAACGCUUUAAGCUUGUUAAGCACAUCAGAGUAAUUUUUUAUGUUGAGUCUGUGUAGAUUUGUGCAAGGAAUUAUAUAUGCCACUUUAAAAAUUGAUUUUUGAGGUUGCGGUCUUGACGUUAAUGGCAAAUUGAUUUCACUGAACUCAGUGAAAUUAUGCACACUGGUUGCAUGGUAACCCAAAUAUCCUUGUAUGUAUAAUUAUAAAUCUGGAAAUUAACUAUUUUGAAAUGUGCUAAAAUAAGUAUUUGGCUGAACUUCUCUGAUUUCACAGAGGGACAGGGCAAGCAGAAAGGCCAUUGGCUGAGCUGCUCCAUUGUGGCUUAUAUAAAAGAUCUUCCAUAUUUUUCUUCAGUCUAAUACAUCAACAUGGCAUCUUUUAAAUUAUGAUUCAGUAUUGGGAGGAAUGAAUGGUUUUUGGAAGGAAUGAUCAUACUUGGACAAAGACUCCCAAGAUGGAUAUGCACCCAGGAAUGAGGGGAAUGAAUUAAAAAGGAGUCUUGAGAAUGGGCAAAGGACUGGAGAAGUGGAUGGAUGGAGUGGUGAUAUAUACAUUAUUUAGGAGCUCCGUAAGAGGAUAAGAGUUGGCAUUGGGGUGAGAUAACUAGCCAAAAAGAUGGCCAUAGGCCUCUACUCUUGCUGUAGCAUAUUAUUAUUUGAAUGAUGCAAUUUCUACAACUGUUUUGAGGAGCUCAGUAUUUAAUGCUCUGUACAUUUUAUCAGUAAUGCUGAUCUGCAGUUUGGAUUUAAAGACAAUGGAUGAGCUGAAGUUUUUCAUUUACUUCUGAAAUGGUUUGUUUUAAAGGACUACAGUUGACUUAGGGGUUGUUGUUUUUUGUUGCAUUCUGUGUCUAGAGAAAGAUUUCAUAGUGUGAAAAUUUAUGGACUUGUGUCUCCAUGGCGGCUACAGAAAGGAAGCUAAGCAAUAUUGUUAUUGGGGAAUUAAUUUAUAUUGCCUUUCCAUUAACACACACAAAGGGGCUAAGUAGGUAUUGCACAAAAGAAACUGGAAAGUGCAACACCUCCUCCUUGCUAACAUGCUUCCUUCUUGCUAAUGCACAAAAUGGCAUUGCUACCAUAAACCCUUAACAAAAUAUUUGAGCUGUCAAGAUCCUUGUUGUUUCUUGUAUAGGUUUUCUUUUGUUGUUUAAAAAACUCAUGAAGUAGGCCAAAACACGAGCAUCAUAGAGCCAGAAUUUUAACAGGUAUAAAUGGUAUUUAAUUAUGUUUAGGAUAUAUGUAUACUUAUUAAAGUUUAGCAAUGUAAACAUAUGGUAUAGGAUCUGAAAUGUAUGCAUGUACCUUACUGAUAUACCGGUAGAUUUAAGUGCAUAUAAACCUGGAACUCUGAAGGCCAGAUGUUUGGUACCAGAGUGAGAUUUCUGUAGUUCACAUCCUGCAUUAAUUGUAGAAAACAGGUCCACAUGUUGAAAGACACCACCUCCCUGUGCCCCCCAGGAUGUCUACAUGUUAAGGUGUGGAUGCUUUGAGCUGGGGAAGCCUGCAACAGCCCUGUAUGGGAGCUGGAACCAUGCACAAUUGGGAUCCCAAUUGUGAAGCUUCUAUGUAUAUGCUUCCCUGGCUUAGACAUCCACACUCAAUGCAUGCAUGUAAAAAGGUGACUGAGAGCCAUGCAAUCAUGGAGGUGGACCAUGUGCAUGGGUUCCCUUCACAUGAUUUAAUGAAUAAGGUGAACCUAUGGGAAAGAAAGAUGUAUAAAGAGCCAGUGUGGUGCAUUGGCUCCUAUGUUAGGUUUCUUUGUGAGAUACCAGAUUCAAAUCUCCCGUCAUUCAGCUGUGAAACUCAUUGUAUGGUGGAUGGAAAGUCUUCCAUUUUAUCCAUGCGUGUGAGGGACUAAGACAACUUACUAAGCUCCUUGGUAGAAGAGUAUAUGACAACGUAAUAAAUACGACUUUUGUUCAAGGCAGAACAGCUCUUAACUUUGCCUUUUGCAUUUUGAAAUAUAAGCAUGAGCAUGCGCACGCACGCACACACACACACACACACACACACAAAUAAAAUGAUAUUGAAUAAAAAUAAAGACAGCAAAUACAGCAGGCGAUAGAAACCUGCAAUGUAUUCGCAUGUGGUUCCUUUUAGAAAAUGCUGUGAAAAGAUUGCAUGAUCAUAUAGUUAAUAUGUUCUCCAUUAUAACCAGAACGUACUCAGUGGGAGUUGGAAUGGCACAGUACAGUUCUGGGCAUUUGAGACUUGUGUUCUUUGAAUUAAUUUCAAAUUCCUAUGACCUCUAUGGAGAAUCUUGCCUGUUGAGAUCAUAAUCUCAUGCUUGGGUAUUAUGACGUGAAGUGAGGACACUAUUCUAACUGAAGAAUGCAGCAGCUGGCAACUUGGAUGUGUUUCCUAUCUCCCUUUAUUUGGUCUCUCUCCUGUUGGUGUUAACAAGUUUGAUUUAUUUUUUUAUUAAGCUUGUGCUAAUGUUGACUAAACUGUUAAUAUUUUACAGAACUAGCAUUAUGAGAGAGUUAUGUUUGUACUAAUCUGCUGAUGUAACAGUGUUGAACAUUGGUUCUAGAUUCAGGUAGGUAGCCGUGUUGGUCUGACGCAGUCGAAAUAAUAAUAAUAAAUGUCCUACUAUACAUGAAGAUAAUCAGAAUAAAUAAAUUAAAAAAUUGUCCAGUAGCACCUUAGAGACCAACUAAGUUUGUUCUGGGUAUAAGCUUUCGUGUGCAUGCACACUUCUUCAGAUACACUGAAACAGAAGUCACCAGACCCUUAUAUAUAGUGGGAGGGUGUGGUGGGGUUUUUCUCAGAAGGGUAGUAGGAGAUGGGUGAUUGACUCAAUGGGUAUGGUAAACCUGUGACUGUUAACGACUGCAAUUAGUCCUACAGGAAAAAGCAAGGGAUAGUAUGCAGAUGACCAAACACAGGUUUAGCAUGUGUAGUGAGACAAGUAUCCAGUAUCUCUAUUAAAACCAGGUCUCUCCAUACUUUUCAGUUUAGUAAUAAGUUGUAAUUCAGCAAUGUUCAGUGUUGCCCUGCUCCUGCCAACCUAGCAGUUCGAAAGCACGUCAAAGUGCAAGUAGAUAAAUUGUUUUACUUUUUACAGUCCAUAGGCCUGUUUUUUGAGCAGAAACCAGAAGAUAAAUUUGGGUCAUCUCAAGAUUCUUUUUGAAUGGUAUCUGACACAGAACUAAUGUGUGAACAUUGCUCAAUAUACUGUACCUUUUAAAAUUCUAGCUUUGCAUCUGUUGCAUCUGUCCACUUUUUGUUGAAAGCUUUCCUUUGACUUUAAUGACAAAUUAAGUUCCAUCAACUAAAGACAAUGAAUACUAAUAACUGAAAGAAUAAAAUGGGUGAAGGGGUUAAAUUAUUAACUAUAAUGUUACUAGCAGAAGACCUUCUUAUAGACGUAAUAUUUUACAAGUUCAACUAUAAAAUAUGAAUUACUGCCCCUGAAAUUAAUCCGGUGGUGGUGGAGGAUCUAAACUAGCAGUGACGAAGUAGGAAUUGUCAUCUCUGUGUUUGACAGUGGUGGAGAAGGCAAGGGAGUGAAUUGAAAAUAAAACAGCCAGCCUCACAGUGGCUUUGGACAGACCUAUGAAGGAGCUGCUCUGGAUAAAAUGUCAACCUGUCUCAAAAAGGAUGUGUUAGAGCUGUGAAAGGCAGAUUAAAAUGGUGAAGGUGCUGUUGCUCCUUCCUUAUAAACAAAAAGCUAAAGGAUCUAGGCUCUUUUUGUUUAGGGGGAAAAAAGAUGAGUCCAGGGGUUUAGAAAAUUAGUGUGGAGUGAGCUGCCUCUCCCAGUGAGUUGUAACUUGAGGUCACUCAGUGAAACUGAUUGGCAGUAGACUGAGGGCCAUCAAAGCACUUCACACAACACACAACUCAGGUAUUAAAUUAGAUGCUGCAGUAUGAGAUUGCUGCUCACAUUAGGUGAUUUUAAAGAACAUUAGGACAAAUUCAUGGAGGAUAGCUCUAACAGCUGUGAGAGUAAAUAGAGAGAGCCUCCCUAUUAAGAGGCAGUGAACUUCAGAUUUUCAGUUAGCAGCAGUGGGGAGUAGAAAAUAGUGGAAGAUGGUUGGUGGCACUCAUGCCCAGCUUGUGGAGAGGCAUAUUGUUGGGGCACUGUUGGAAAUAAGCUGCUGGACCCUUCAAUUCUUAAUCAGAUGAAUAAAUAUAUGUUAAUGUGAGUGUGAGAAUUCUCUUCUGAUCAGAUUCCAUGUCCUUUAUUGGAGAAGAGUGCUUAUGAGAAGGAAUUGAAGUACUUAGAAAAAAUCAGGAAAUCUGAUGGAGUUCAUUCAGAUGUGGUGGCAGUAAGGAAUUAGGCAAAUAUUCAUUCACUCUCACUGUAAAAACAUAAAAUGGUCUUUGUGGUUAUUUGAACAUUUGUUAGGGAUACAUCAUUUCAGUGUUUCUGUUAUCUGCAUGUUUGGGUUAUUUUUCUCUUGUGAGUCAUGAUAACGGUCCUCUUCUUGUUUUAAUGUUGCACAUGCAUUUAUUUGUGAUACUGCAUUCAGUGUUGCCCUUGUAACCACUGAACAUGCAGUUUACCUGCCAUUGAAACAACAAAAUGUAUAAACAUAGGUUAGGAAUUGGAAGGACAGGGAACCUAAUUCCAUGAGCCUGAAAGUGCAUUAACUUGGUUUGUGUUCAACUACUCACUCCCCCAUUGUCAUGGCAAAGCAAUAUUGCAACAGCGGAGUUUCAAGAGCCAGUUUGUGAUAUGUCAUCGGAAUUCAAAGAAAACAAAAAUGUUGAGAUGGCAGAAGUCCCCCUUUAAAGCAGCACUUGGAAUCCCAGCAAUAUGUUUAAAACAAAUUUUGAAGCCUGACCCUCCUCUUAGUAAAAGGCUAUCUAUUCAUGCACUAAAAUCUAAACUCCAGACAUAUUACUGUUAGCAAUCUUUUAAGACCUGGCAUUUUGCACUUUUCAGCUAGAGUUUGUCAUAUUUUAUGUUAUAAAAAUUCCUUAGUGUCUGCACCACUAAUGUGUGUGUUUGUGUGCCAAAUAAGGUUUCUCCUCAGGAGACCAUAACAAGAUUCUUCUCUCUCUCUCAUUCUCUCUCUCUCUCUCUCUUGCUCUCUCUCGUGUGUGUGUCAUUCAUAUAUAUAUAUAUAUAUAUAUAUAUAUAUAUAUAUAUAAAAACUUGAAGUGCAUGUUCCUCUUGCUUUCAGCUUUGAGGUGAGCAGGCAUUCUGAUUAUUUUCCGUUUCCUGUGACUGUGUGCCAUUUUUCUUCUCAGCACUGCACUUAAUAUAAGAUGCAGUGUACUUGGAAUAGCUCUACACUCACCCUGAUGAUGAUUUUCAAGAGCUAAAAUGUAACAGUAUUCCAGUUGCAAAUACGUACACAAAAAUAGUGUGUGCCAGUUUCAGAAAUGUAGGCUUCUUUCCCCUUUUUAAAUACAAGAAAACAGGCAUGUAAUGCCUCAUUGAAAGAUGCCAGUGGGGGGUGCUUUGUGUAGGUCUUAAUUAAGGGCUUUGAAAGUUCCAACAAAAGGAAAAAGAAAAUGCUGCAGGUUAUUGUUAUUCCACCCCAUUGGCUCGGCUAGCUGACUACCCAUUGGUGCAUUUUGUCCAUUUUGAAACCGAAUGGCACUUUUGUUCAUGGUUAACAGAGGUGAAAGAAGCCAAUUAUUGGCAGUCUUUUCCACAGGGAAGCUGCAGACUGAUUUAACCAAAGGCAAGUAUGCACUUUUCCACAAACCAGGCUGUUUGUCUUUCUUUGGCACUGGAUGAAAUGGGAGCUUUCCCUCAACUUACAUGCAGCUAUAGCUGGGUAAAACCAUUUCAGUAUUUCAGGUACCACUUUUUGUUCAAAUAGAAACUGCUUGUUUUCCACUUGCUGCAGGUGCUUAGAUGAACGCAGUUGGUUUUACCAUAGGAGUCACACGAUACAUUCCACUCAAUCUUUGCCCCUCCUGGCUCGUAACAGUUAGUCACAAGAGACUAACUGACUUUUAUCAGCAGGAAUGUCAAUGCCAUUUUGGGGGUCAUGGUUUGGGGAAGUGAUCAUGUGGUCUCUGUUGAAGAUGCUACCUUUAGACCCAGUUGAGGUUAAUGUUAAUGGGGGACUUUGUGGAUCAGCUAGUUGCUGAAAUGCCGUGUUGGCUGGGAUCUCAUAUAUUUCCCUACCCACUAUAGUAGAUUUGUAGUCUUGGGGUCCUCUUGGCCCCACAGCAUUGAUGCUAUAUCUUUGGUGGCAGCUGCAGCCUGGAGUGUCUUCUGUCUGCUCUGUUGCUUCACCAGCAGUACCGACUAGUGGAAGUUAUCCAUGGUAUUGUCAUUUAUGCCAUGAUAACCUCCAGAUUGAAUUACUGGAAUGCAUUGUAUAUGUACUGCCUUGAAAAUGGUCCCAAAGCUUCAAAGGGCACAGAAUGUCACCACACCAUUCUAGGUAGUGUCCUAGGAAGAAAGGAAGGUCAACUGAAGCCAAAUUGGGUAGCAUUACUUAACAGUUUGAAUCCCUCAAAGAAUAAAGUCCCAUCUUCAUUGAUAUAAGAUCCUAUGCCUCCAGUUUAGGAGCAACUUAAAUCAACCAUAAUUAAUCUCCAGCUUUAAGAAAUACUAGGCAGUUUUUGUAUUUAUUCUUGUUUUCCACCUACUAAGAGACUUGUGCUUUUUGCCUAAGACUGAAGACAGAUCCUGGGCAUCAGCUGGUCUUUAUAUUCCCAUAGAUGGUUGCAACCAUGGCAUGUUCCCGCUUCCUAGCCAGAAACUUGCAUAGCACAUGACAGAGCCUCAUUUGAAUUUCUCUGUCUCCUUCCACAUUCUGUCUUCAGACUUUGAUGAGAUGCAUACAGCAUGGCUUCACCACUCACUAGGUCCCCUCACCCCAUCUUGCAUUGGAGCACCAGUGUGUUUAUCUGGAGGGGGGGGGCAAUAGGUGGAAGGGACCAAAGCAUAUCAGAACAGUCCUAACCUCAGGUGGGCAGCAGUGAGGUAUGGUUGAAUGGCACAGCCUCCAAAGCCUUGCUGCUCAAACCAGCUGGGGUGGCAGGUGGGCAAAACUCUGCUCCAUGCUACACCAGCCUGCCACUGGCAUAGCAAUUGGACCUGAUCCAGCACAUCCAAUAACAGCAUCCAUACUCCUGCUUCUCUCAUGGCUCCAGGUAUCUCCUUAGUUUAUUAGGCAUCUACUGAAUGGGCAUUUCUGAGUGCAACUUUUCAAGAUGAGAUAUUGCUUCAGCUGCUUCAAACAUGACUGUGGAUUAUUGGUUUGUGUUUGAGAGCAGCAUUCAAUGUUGGCCAUAUACUUCAUUUUAGCUUGCUGUACUUUAUCUCUCUGUGUUUUGGUUUGGUUUGGUUUGCAAUGUAUUGGUUGUUUUUUGUAUUUUUAACUGUCUUUGGCUGAUUUUAUUGCACUUGUCCUUGAGACAAUUAGGCAGAAGGUGAUUAAUAUGUUGUUGUUGUUUGUUAGUAAUGUACCUCAAAAUAAUCAGUGUAAAAUUGUUAAUUUGAGGUACAUUGAGAUUAUAUUCUAGUCUUUUGAGGCCUAUCAAGUGCUUCAAUGGGAUCUAUUUACUUUUUGGCAUGUGGUUGCAUGUUUUCAAGCUUGCACCCAACUAUGUAAUUAUUUUUCAAUUGUUGCUGCAAGAACAACAUUUUGUCCUUGUUAGAAACUGUUUAGUAAGUUUUAAAAAAUACUUUGGUAUAAAAUGUGCAGUAAUACUUGAAACUAUUUUUAUGUAGAAUUAGACAGUUUUGAACAUGCUAUUCUUGUUGGCUUAGUUACAGCUAAGGCUAUAUUUAUAGUACAAUUUGCUUUGGUUUUAUUGCACUUUUUAAAUAUUAGCUUUCGAAAUGUUAGGCUUACUUCAACUUUUAAGGCUCAUAUUGCUUUCUAAAUAUUGGGUGUGGCCAACAAGAGAUCCAAAAUAAACUGGAUGAAAACUGAAGGAAAUCUAAAAUACUUAGCGUUUCUAAACUAGGCAUUUGAAACUGGAGUGUAGCUGUUAAAACCCCCCUGUGGAGGAGUUACUUAACAGAGUGAAGAUGGUGACUUUAUUUCGUGUGUGUGUUUGUGAGUGUUCGAAAAUGCUGUGACUUUAGGUUGCAUUCCUAGUCAUAUUUACUGAUGAGUAAACUUCAUCAAAUUUAUUCCGCUUGCUUCUGAGUAGACAUGCAUAAGGAAUAUACUGUUAGGCAUGUAAAUAUAUAGCUUUUCUUUAGGGAAUGAACACAUUCUCAGUGGCUUCAGAGUUUCUAUCUGUGAUGAAGGUUAUUUACCAUACUUAUGACAGGGGUGAAGAAGCUACUGCUCUCCAACUCUAGUCAGCCCUGAGCCAUCCUGACUUAUGGCUGGGGAUAAUGAGAAUUGUAGUUCAGCAACAGCUAGAGGCACCUAGGUUAGCAACACAUAACUCAGAGAAUUGUGUUCAUCUUCAUAACUGAGUGCUAUUUCAUUGUCCCACCUCCAGUAUGGGCUGGCUCCUAGGUUACAAGUCCCUAUAGGAUUCUAUUGAUACAAUACCAGUUUUAGGGUACAAAAGAUGAGUUGCUUUUGCCUUUCUUCACUUUUUGUACUUGACAACUCUGUAAAGGACUCAGUCUUUGUUCCAACCAUACAUUUGCAUUUUUCUGUAUGUUUUGGCAACCCAGUACUGUUGUCCUUUCAUGAUGUAAAUCUUAGGGUUGUAUAUGGGCUCUAGUGGAGCUCCAAAAAAGCAUUCCAGGGUGUGGAGAUAGUAUGCCCAUGCCUGUUAACAGCCCAUCUAAAGCACACACAUAUUCAUCAAUAGAUACCAUAGUUACUGUUUAUUUAAGAUUUAUUCAGACAAUAGAUGACUUCCUGUCAUAGGGUGAUACAAUGCAAUACACUGAACAUGCUCACACUUCUUGUGUGUUGCUGGCUUACCAUAGUUUAUGCUAAUGCGUGCUGCCCAAUUGUUCUUGCUUCAUUUUCCUCUGGGAUAAACAAACCAUGACACCACAGUUAAGCUUGGCUGCUUGUGACAUCUGAAUUCAGGAUCCUGGCUUUUUGCUUCAUAAGAAGCAGGUCUCAUUAGCCAGCUGUAAACCAUAAUUUUGUUAUUCGUUUAUGAAACAUGGCUUUUGAGGGAUCAGUAAACCAGGUUUCUAGGCUCAGAUGUUCUAGGAAGCACUGCUUUGCACAGAAAUAUAAUACCACGACAGUCCCCCCCUUACCGUCUUGCACAUUUCGUAGGUUCAAACUUUGGUGUUUUGAAGGAAUGCUAGUUUUAAAAUGUAAAACUGCCUAGUAGUAUAUAUUUUUCUACUAGUACUAAGCAAGUGGAACCUGCAACUAAAAGGGGCACUGUGGGCUGCUCCUGUUCAGUGUUUUAUGCAUAUUGUGUUAUUUUUUUAAAUUGUGGAUACUGUACUACCAUUCAUUAAUUCCUUGGACAUCUUUCAUUUCUGUCCCUGGGAAUGGUUGAAAAUAGUUCUUCGAUAUGAACCAAGAAGUGACCUGUCCUGGCAAUUUGAUGUUUCUCUCUACCCUCUUUAUAGCUAUGUGUGUCUUCUUCCACCCCCACUUUUUGUUCCCUUCUUUCCAUUCCACCAUGACAUGGUUUUCUGCCAUCCCCAUGCAUGUUCUCUGUCCACUGAGGAUACUCAGAACUUAUUGAGUGGGUAGGUGGGUAUUUUAUGCUGUUCAGGAUUCUUUCCUAAAUAUUUUUUUUUUGUACUUCUGCAAACCUUCUUGUGCAUGACUGGCUUUCAUUCGGGCUUACAUAACUGUGAGCGCUGAAUAGUCAUUGGCCCAUGGCCUGUUUUUUCCUCUUCCCCCCCUUUUGUUUCACUAGAAGGUCGUGGCCCAAGUCUUCUGUAGGACUGUGUGUGUAUAUUCAAGAACUGGGCCCCAAGUUUCAAACUUAGCAUGGGAAGAAAAGCUGCAUAUGCCACUGAAUUUUCUCAGGAACAUUGGCAUCAGCCCCAAACCUCAAAUGUAUAAUGCCCAUGUUGUUUCCCUUCCCUAAUGAUCUGGCUUAAUUUCAAGGUUUUUCCAUGCAUAAUCAAUGGAAAGAGAGAUUUUCCACUUUGUUUUGGCACCUUUUUCUCUCUCUCUCUCCAAAUGAGCUCAAGUCUUCAUACAAAUGUUACAGAUAACCUAGUACACCUGUUUGCUUGACACUCCAAACUUGGCUUGCAGAGUGUUCUGUUUUUCAGCACUUGUCCUAAGGAGCUGAUAUCCCAGCCAAUAUUUUAGUCCUGUUGGCAAGUAGGCAUUAGUGUAAAAGAAACAUGUGCAUGAAUACACACUGUUUAAUUAUUAAUACAGUUGCAAUUGGGACAUAAAAACCCCUCUUCCAUUUAAGUGUGCUGCUUGUUCCCAUCUGUAGAACUCAUGGUUCUCAGUGCGCAUUUAAAUCUAACGGUGAAAUUGGCAAGAAUUCUAACAAUAUACUUUCCCAACAAGAGUGAGCUGCAAGACACUUGUUAUUCCAGAGAUUUCUUUAAACAUAUUGGUGUUUCAUAUGUCUGUUUCAAAAAAGGGGAAAAUGCUAGUCAGUUAUAUGAGCUAGGCUGAUGGUUCAUGGGCUGCUCAUGGUAUAAAAUGUAGGCAGACAACCAGAAAACUACUGUGUAAAUAUAUUAUUACUAUUAUUGUUAUUACUAUUAUAUAUUUAUUUAUACCCGCCUUUUUCCCUGAUGGGAUUCAAGGUGGCUUAUAAAAAUAAGAACUGCUAAAAACAUAGAAAAAGCAGUCAUUAAGAACAAUUAAACUUUGUUAGAAGUAAAACUGUAUAUAUUUAUAAAACAUAUUAGAACCAUAAAAAUCCUUACAGCACAAACAGCCCAGCACCAUUUAUUUAUAUAUAUAUAUAUAUAUAUAUAUAUAUAUAUAUAUAUAUAUGCCUGUGUUCAUCCAAACUUCAGUGGUACCUUGGGUUAAGUACUUAAUUCGUUCCGGAGGUCUGUUCUUAACCUGAAACUGUUCUUAAUCUGAAACACCACUUUAGCUAAUGGGGCCUCCCGCUGCUGCUGCGCCGCCGGAGCAUGAUUUCUGUUCUUAUCCUGAAGCAAAGUUCUUAACCUGAGGUACUAUUUCUGGGUUAGCAGAGUCUGUAACCUGAAGUGUAUGCAACCUGAAGUGUAUGUAACCCGAGGUACCACUGUAUAAUAUUCACAUUGUUAACUUCUUCAGCAUAAAUGGGGGCGGGGGGAGAAAUCCCUGUGAAAUACCAAACACAUUCCAACCCUUAGGUCAUCAUGCUCAAUGCCUAGUAGUAAGAAAUCACAAAUCCUCAAAAGUGCAACAAGUUCCUUUGAAGCAUCCCAAAUCUUCAUACAUACUAGAGGUUCCUGGGGAUUUUGAUGUGCGUUCAGUCAUAGUUUUCAGAUUACUUCUCCCUUUGCAUAGAACAAACUUUGAAGCCACAGAGGCUGUUUCUUAGAUGGUGUUAGAUGAAUUAUGGCGCAGACGGGAGUGCCUCUUUCAGUUUUCCUGCAGUGCUCUCCUGUUGCAGCAGUUGGGAUGAUUGCAGGAAACAGAUUAUGGCAUUUUGCACAAACCAAAAUGUCUCCGUGGGUUUGUGGGAUGCAGAUUUUGAAUGUUAUGACUGAAAUACAUUGUAAUCCAGUGGGAGUUGUUGAGGUGGGGCAUGGUGAAUAUCCAGAUUAAAUAAGAUGAUUUAAUUAGGAAUCAAAUUUUGUGACAUAUGCAAAUUUCUUCCUUUGGUUCCACCCCCCUUUGCAGUUACAGCUACAUGCUAUGUAGUAACCUUAGGGUCAAAUGAGAUGUGAUAUUAAAUGAGAAAGAUGGAUGUCAACAAGGCACAGAAAGCAGGGCCCAAAUUGGGAACUUGGUCAAGCUUUUAACACUUUCUUUUUUUAAAAAAAAUGAUAUUUAUUGAAAAAAGAGUGUUGUUUUUUUUAAUUACAAAGAAAAAAGACAAAACAGAAAAAGAAAAAGAAAAAAAAUAAAACCAUCAUUUUCAAAUUCUCCACUUUCAUUACCUUCUUUCUAUGACCUCCUCCUCCUCCCUUUUCUUGUAUCUUGAUUAAUAGUUGUCACAGCAAAUCCUUUCCAUAAUUCAUAGUAUUCUGUCAUUACAUUACCUUACUCUAUUUUCAUCUUAUUUUAUAAAAAACCUUAAAGCUUAAAACUUAAAUCUUAUUUUUACCAACUUCUCCUAACCAUAACAUUCUUACCAAAUUCUUUAGACAUUUUUACAAGAGCCAAGUAAUUUCAUUUCAACAUUUUUCUAGCAUUCAUCAAUUUUAUAGAACAAUCGUAAUGAUAAUAAUAAAAAAGAAGAAAUAAACAAUCCAAUCUUCUUCCAGCGUCCCUUCCUCCUGGUCCUGGGUUUGUCAGUCCUUUUUAUCCCAUUAGUCUGGCACAUUAACCUGGUGAUCUUAUAUCCGAGGCCUUCAAGUCUCUUCCAUGUCCCUUCCGCAGCUCUUCUUCAUAUUUUCCUUUCACUCGUGGGAACUCCAGCUUAGUAGUGUUUUUGACCCUUUUCAACAAAUCAGCCCCUUUCCCAUAGUCCAGAUUAGACUCCAUGUGGUAUUUUAAGACAUGUUUCAAAUUCCCUCCAAAAUUGAGAGCCCCCACAGCUCCAAACAUCUGACGGCCCAUUGCCAGACUCGGAAAGUCCAAACAUCUCUGCAUAGGGGGGUCAGUCCAACCCCCCAUUUCCAAAUCAAUACAAACUUUAUCUUUCCAAAUCUGGUUUUUUCCAAGUUCAUUUGUCAGAUCCAAAGGCUCAUUUUCCUGCAGGGCCAAAAGUUCCUCCCUUUCUGGUGCCCAAGAUUCAGCAACAUCCUCUUCUCUCAACUGUUCUGUCAUGGCACACUCCUGUUUAAGUUCCUGGGUGGGCUCCAUAUAGUUUCCCACUACCUGUUCAAAUGUUCUGGCCGCAUUAGUCAUCAAAUCCGUCUUCUGGCUUAACUGAUCCAAUAGGGCAUUUAUUUUACAGAAAGCACCCAACAGUGCUUCUGAAAACAUUGUCCUGCAAGGUCACAAGUCCUUUCCCACGGUUGUAAUCUGUGGCAGCUGCAAGCUCCCUAGAAUUAGUUACAGUUUCACAGUCCCCCUCUAGGGGGAAAACUUCUGGUUGUUCUUUCCUUUAAGGACAAUAGCAACAAAGUUUCUUUUUUUAAAGAUAUUUUGUCAAUAUUUGUUCCUUUAAAAUGCGAAAGGAAACAAUGGAAUCACAAUGUUACUCUUCUUUUAACUAUCUGUCAAAAACAUUUGUCUCUGGUCAAUGAGCUUCAAACGUCAAUUCUGACACCCCGCUCCAGGAUCAGGACGGUGGAAAGUUACUUUACUUUAAACUCACUUCUGCAGGUUUAAACAGUCCAAAAAAAAGAUCCCCCUUCUUCUCCUGCUACCGAAGGGGGGUUCAACGAUUUUAAAUGGUGAAAACCAAUCCUUUGAAAGUGAUUUUCUAAGCUCUAGUUUACGUUGUCUUUGCUUUCUUCUGACUACAAGGAAACGGAAGGCUGACUUCCUGUGUAGACCUUCCCGUUUCAGUACCAAAUUAAGGUAAAUUUUUAAGUCCAAUUCCUUUCUAAUCGCCAGUUCUUAUUUGAAGUCCAAUUGUUCAAUGUUUAAGUGCUCACGGGUGAUUAUUUUAGAUGCCAAAUUGUCCCAGGAAAAAGGCAGCGCUCUCCGGCAACAGCUAUGCGGCUUCGCUCCACGGAAAAAGCAAUUGACUCACAGCACCGCGCCACUUCCCCCUCUUCGCUUCGGAGCCCGUUAGUGGGGUCCUUUGCGGGUUGGGGGGGCGCUAAGGGUGCCCGCCGAGUCCCACGGUCACAGGCUUCAUCCGCCUGUGAUUUCUAAAAGGGUCCCCGCUUCGCCGCAGCAGAAAAGACCCGUUUCGCGCGGAGCUGGUCCCUCCGGUUCAGAGGGAGUCCGCCAUUGCCGAUGGCGCCACCCCGGAAGUAAGCUUUUAACACUUACCCCCUGCUUGCAAACUUGGUUUGAGGCUCAUGGGCUUGAUAACUACUUUAAAAAAAUAAAUCAUGAAAAUACCAAUUCCAUUAAUGGUGCCACAUCUUGUCAGGCUUUUGCAUCUCCUACUGGGAGAAAAGAGAAGUUGUUUCAGGAGUUGUGAGAAAAAGGUUCAGAAAACCCCUUUGCUACUUUCCCCUUCUGAUGCUUUCACCACACAUUCCUCUAUACAUGUCCAACAGUGUUUCUCAACCUUGGGUCCUCAGAUGUUGUUGGACUGCAACUCCCAUCAUCCCUGAGCUCUGGCCUUGCUAGCUAGGGAUGAUGGGAGUUGUAGUUCAACAACAUCUGGGGACCCAAGGUUGAGAAAGGCUGGCUUAGAAGUACCGGUAAGUCCCAUUGAGCUAAAAUUGGUACAGGAUUGUAACAAUGAUUUCUUUCUUGCUUUAUUGGAAUUCUUAUGAAUGAUUCUUCAUGUUUAGGCUAUCCAAAUACACACAAAAAUUACAUUAACCUCAUUUUGGCAAUUUGUGUGCUAUUGGUUUUUUUGUUUUUGUUUUUUAACAAGAUCUUUUUGAAAUAUUGGAGAGUUUGAAGUAUUCUUUUAAAACAACAAGACUACAGCUCAGUGCGGCUCCUGGGAACUUGUGAACAAACCUCGCAAACAGGGACAAGGAUUGCUGGAGGAGACGGAAGAUAGUGAGCUUGUGUCUUUUGGAGUCAGGCUGCUUGCUUUUCUGAGCGUCUUAAAAGUUUGAUAGAUUGAUAGCAGGCCUCAGGGACUGGCUGAGUGCUCUGUUAGAGGCUUGAUUACUUUUCCUGAUUACUUUUCUUUCAUUGAAGACCUGAGGGAGAGUGUGGCUGAUUGCUCUGUGGGAACACAGGAUCUGAGGGGGAGGAGUUACAGCUGAGAGGAAACCAGGCUGAGGGAGGAGUUAGCAACCAGCAGCAGUCAAACUUAGCUCAGUGCAGAUCCUGGGAGCUCGCGAACAGAUAUCGCAAGCAGGGGCGUUUGCGAGGGAGUUCAAGAGGGAGUCCCAGAGUUCUGUCUCUUGGUGUGCAUAGGACCGGAGACAUGGAGGGUGAGGGAGCUGCUGCAGUGACCUGUAACACCUGUACCAUGUUUAUCAUUCUGCCAGAGAACAAGCAACAGUACACUUGUAGCAAGUGCAAGCUGGUUGUCUUACUGGAAGAGAAGGUGCAGCAACUUGAGGCCCACCUAGCCACGCCCACUUAGCCACACCUCAAGCCAACAGGACAGAGUUAGCUGAUAGACUGAGAUUGAGCACCAAGAUAGAUGGGGUGCCUCCAGGGUGGAGAAAUAUUGUGCACUGCAAGAGUCUAACCCCUGGAGGAAUGUGACACAUAGAAGUAGGACAGUCACAAACCACACUUUGUCAUUAGAGUUGCAAAAUCACUUCCAUGCUCUCACCUUGGACACUGAUUCUGGGCCAGAGAAGCUAAGACAGCAGUUGCCAACCUCAGAAGAGAUGAAGGUGGCUGUGAAAGGUACAGUGCACAGAAUGAUUAUUGCCACACACUCCCCCCCCCCCCAAGGAGAAAGAGACAGGAGGAGAUGGAUUUGGAGGGGUCUUUUUCCAUUCUUUAUGUAACCCCAUGAGAUCCAAGGCUUCUGACCAUGGAUGAGUAUGCUGAUAAUGUACUUGCUACGUGGAGACAUGGAGUACUUAUUAAUGGUUCAUUGUCACCCUGGAAAAAAGUGACAAGUGAGAUGCCGCAGGGUUCUGUCCUGGGCCCAGUGUUGUUCAGUGUCUUUAUAAAUGACUUGGAUGAAGGAAUUGAGGGGAUUCUCGUCAAAUUUGCAAAUGACACCAAACUCUGAGGGGUAGUUAAUGCUGCAGAAAACAGAAUCAGCAUUCAAAAUGGCCUUAACAGAUUGGAGAACUGGGCACAAGCUAACAAAAUGAAUUUCAAUAGGGACACCUGUAAUGUUUGCACUUAGGCAGAAAGAACCAGAUGAACAAAUAUAGGAUGGGGGACUCCUGUCUUACUAGCAGUACUUGUGAAAAGGAUCUCGGGGUCUUGGUGGACCACAAGCUUAACAUGCGUCAACAGUGUGAUGUAGCAUCAAAAAAAAGCUAGUGUUAUUCUAGGCUGCAUCAACAGAAGUAUAGUGUCCAGAUCAAGGGAAGUAAUAGCACCACUCUAUUCUGCUUUAGUCAGACCGCACUUGGAAUCCUGUGUCCAAUUCUGGGCACCACAAUUUAAGAAGAAUGUUGACAAGCUGGAAUGUGUACAGAGCAGGGCAACCAAGGUGAUCAAGGGUCUGGAAACUAAGCCUUAUGAGGAGUACCUGAAGGAGUUGGGUUUGUUUAGCCUGGAAAAGAGGAGACUGAGAGGAGAUAUGAUAGCCAUCUUCAAAUAUUUUAAGGGCUGUCACAUGGAGGAGGCAGCAUGUUUGCUUUCUCCUGCUCUGGAGGGUAGGAUUCAAACCAAUGGCUUCAAGUUGCAAGAAAGGAGAUUUUAACUAAACAUUCGGAAAAAAACUUUCUGACAGUAAGAGCAUCCUCUUCCUCAAGCUGCUUAUACAAAGAAGGCAUCAUUUGGUGGUCAAUAUACUGUGUAGUUAGAGUUCCAGUUCAUUUACUGGAGAUGUAGAGGAUGAAAAACAUGAUCCCAUUGUUCAGAUGAGAGAAAUAGGUAGGAUUCUUAACCUUUAUCUAAUUCUGUGUUGUGGAUUUGUGGAAAGUUUGUUUACCGAAUUCCAGGCUUUUAUGUUUUCAAAGACCUUUCAAAGCUCUGUUGUAAAUUACUUCCGUAGUUAUUGCUCUGAAAACCCUUAUAAACUUGCAGUAUAUCUUUUGUGCAGUGAUUCCUAAGGUCAUGCAACUGAUGUCUCCUCUUCCCCCUCCACAGUCUACUGUUUCUUAUGCCAUGCUAUACUCUGCAUCAGUGGAACGUUGAGCACAUAGGCGAUUGCUUAAUGGCUGGCAUGCAGUAACACAAAUACUAAUAAGUCCUUUCACAACAGUGUUGCUCUGUGAUCUUGUUGACGGCUUGACUGACACAUGAAUAGGGUACAUUAGAGCUGGUUACUGUGUCCAGAUGCAAGCUAAGACAUUAUGGUAGAUAAUAAAGAAGAAUGGCAUGGCAUGUGAGUGAGGGGAAACUGACAUGUACCAAGAAACUUACUUCCUUUCGCAUGAACAGACCUGAACUGUUUUUCUAAAGAAGCACACACCCUGCAAACAUUUCCAGUGCUGUCUUAAAGAUGUGAUUCAGUAGACUAUGAAAAGGAAGACUUUGCAGGACUGGUGGUGCAAUAUUUGAAUAUACAAAGGCAUUUAUUAUCAUUGACAAUGCAUUGGUUUUGGAGAGCGGUGCCCUCAAAAUGUUGGUGGACUACAGCUCCCGUUAUCCCUGACCACUGGUAGUCCUAGCAAGGACUGGAGGGAUCUGAGCAACUUCUGGAGGGCACUACAUUGACUCAGAAUGUGGUGUAAUGGGUUACUGGACAGGGCGGAAGGUGAGAGAUUCAUGAAAGGGGGCAUGUCAGGGUGCCUUGGUGCUCUAAGUUCCUCUGAGUCCUCAGUUGCAUUGUGGGAGCCCAAGCCUCUUAGAAUAGUUCUUCCCAGGGUCUUGGUCAGGUGGGAUCCUAAGAAUAAAAGGGCCUUUCCUCAAUGGAGAGACACCAUUGGACCCAACACAGUGAUACGUAAAAGGUUUUGGGGUUUUUUUCCUGGAGUGAGUGGUAGGUGAAUUGGAAAGCAGAUUUAUUUAAAAUAUUUAUAACCCACUUUUCCUAAAGAAUAAUCAAAGGUCGCUAACAAUAUGAUUAUUAAAACAAUGAAACAUUAAAAUUUGAAUUACAAAGCCUGAACUGCAUAAAACAAGAAACUCAGAACAUAAUCGAAAAAAAGCAGGCUGCAGAGAGCAAAACAAAUGCUAUUCAAUGCUGUUUGUGUAAAAAAACAAAACCCUUUAAAGUGAUAUUGCAGUAUUUAAAAAUAAAUGUCAUGGGUUUUCUUCUGCUUUGGAUUUGUCCCUCAUUCUUGUUUAUAAUUCCACCCCAGGGUUGGCGUCCUUGUGCUGGAACACACCCUCUCAUUUUUGCUAUAUAACUUGCUUCACAGCCAAGGCAAUUAUGGCAUAAAACAGUAGCUUUGGAAGUGAAGUAAUGUGUCUCUUAAAAGAUAAUUGCUGACCUCUUACUAUCCAGAAUGUAAUACUUGUCUGCAUCUGGGGUUUUUUUUUGUUUUGUUUUUAAGUUGCUUGGCUGAAAACUUUGUCAGUAUGUCUUGCAAGAAAAUAUUAUUACAAGUGAGAAGUUUGGAGGCCUUGGUUGAAAUGGGCACCAAAUACUCCCUGUGUUACCUUUAUUGAAGUUGCCUUAUCCAGAUGGAAGAUGUAUGGGAAAAGAUUGUCUUUGAGAUGGCAUCAAAAUGUUUGUGUGUAUGUCAUGUUUAUUAAUUUAUUCUGUUCCAAUUUGCCCAUCAUUCUAAUCCCUGGACAGUUCACCCCCCGCACCCAUGAUUAAAGCAAUAAAAAUACAUACUAAAAUUUUAAACUAUAUAUUAAAUACGAUGUGAUAUAGCCAAUGAACUAUCUUCAGUAUUGCUGGUGUUUAUUGGGUAGGAAACCUUUUUGGCCUGGUGGGCAAGAUCUGUAUCUGUUUCCAUCACUGUGGGCUAACUUUGACAGGUCAGCAAGACAACCCAUCUUGAUGUCAGGUGAUUGACGUGUGGGCUGUCCCAGUUGCUUGUGAAAGUUUCUUGCCCAGCACUUUUAAAGUGUCUGACAAACCAGCUGGAUGUCAUGCACUUGGGAACCAAAUUACAAGGGGCUUUGCCAGCCCUGUGUUUUCCAACUACUAAGCAUAGGGUUGGCAAAGCGGCCUUCUUCUGUCCUCCCGUGGGGAACUUGGUAUCACAGUUGAUCCAUCAAGUUUACACUUCAGCCCUGCGUUUCUGUACAAAUCAGGUGCACAAGGAACCAGGUUGCGUAACUGAUCACAUACGAAUCAGCUGUGAAGCAGGUGGCUGUGGUUUGCGGGAAAUGGCCUGCAGCUCAGAUGUUCCACACCCCUGCAUUAAUAGGUGGAGAGGUAUAUUUUUGUCAGCGUUAAGAGGUUAAUAUCAUUGGUGCUAGUCAUAUACCUUUGAGGGUAGGGAGUUCCACUGACCAGGCACCACCACAGAGGUCUUAUUUGUUGUCGGAUGAGAAGAACUUUCUCAAAUAAAUUUUCUGUACAGGCAAUGCUUAAUCAACAUCUGAUUUCUUUGCAUGGUGUCUGCAAUUGUUGAUUUAGUCCACAGUUGGUACUGAUCAACUUAAGUUAAGUUAACCCACUAUAAAGAGCAAGUUUGCACUGUAAGUGACCUUAUGGCUGUACAAAUAGGACCUCAACAGUUGGUGAUAUGUGUCACUUCCUGUUAUUGUUGUCGUUUAGUCGUGUCCAACUCUUCAUGACCCCAUGGACCAGAGCACACCAGGCACUCCUGUCUUCCACUGCCUCCCGCAGUUUGGUCAAACUCAUGUUCAUAGCUUCAAGAACACUGUCCAACCAUCUCAUCCUCUGUCGUCCCCUUCUCCUUGUGCCCUCAAUCUUUCCCAACAUCAGGGUCUUUUCCAGGGAGUUUUCUCUUCUCAUGAUGUGGCCAAAGUAUUGGAGCCUCAGCUUCAGGACCUGUCCUUCCAGUGAGCACUCAGGGCUGAUUUCCUUAAGAAUGGAUAGGUUUGAUUUUAUUGCAGUCCAUGGGACUCUCAAGAGUCUCCUCCAGCACCAUAAUUCAAAAGCAUCAAUUCUUUGGUGAUCAGCCUUCUUUAUGGUCCAGCUCUCACUUCCAUACAUCACUACUGAAAAAACCAUAGCUUUAACUAUACAGACCUUUGUCGGCAAAGUAAUGUCUCUACUUUUUAAGAUGAUGUCUAGGUUUGUCAUUACUUUUUUCCCAAGAAGCGGGCAUCUUUUAGUUUCGUGACUGCUGUCACCAUCUACAGUGAUCAUGGAGCCCAAGAAAGUAAAAUCUCUUCGCUGCCUCCAUUUCUUCCCCUUCUAUUUGCCAGGAGGUGAUGGGGCCAGUGGCCAUGAUCUUAGUUUUUUUCAUGUUGAGCUUCAGACAAUAUUUUGUGCCCUCCUCUUUCACCCUCAUAAAAAGGUUCUUUAAUUCCUCCUCACUUUCUGCCAUCAAGGUUGUGUCAUCUGCAUACCUGAGGCUGUUGAUAUUUCUUCCGGCAAUAUUAAUUCCGGCUUGGGAUUCACCCAGUCCAGCCUUUCGCAUGAUGAAGUCUGCAUAUAAGUUAGAUAGGGACACAAUAUACAACCUUGUUGUAGUCCUUUCCCAAAUUUGAACCAAUCAGUUAUUCCAUAUCCAGUUCUAACUGUAGCUUCUUGUCCCACAUAGAGAUUUCUCAGAAGACAGAUGAGAUGAUCAGGCACUCCCAUUUCUUUAAGAAAUUGCCAUAGUUUGCUGUUUCCUGUUAUUAGAAUGAUUAAUUUGAUGCCGUGUGCAAAUCAUUAAUUUUACAUGGGAUAGAUUCUGCCCAGAACUGUUAACUGUAUUAAUGUGUGACGGGCAUAUUUGACCUAAUUUCAUCCCAAAUGGCAAGCACCUUAGAUAGAUUUGCUCCAUUAAGUUUUGUAAAGUUUUGUUAGCAUCAUAACAGAGAUAGGAGCUUGUGUCCAGACCUGUCUUUCAUAUGCAAGGUACUGUGUUAGUCCAAUAUUUUUUUCCCCCUACUAGAGGAUUUUAUUCAAAUGCAGACAACUGCCUAAUUCAUUUUGUAAAUGUUAUAAUUAAAUAAAUCUGUGGCAGAGGGCCCAGAUCUUGAAAAUGGCUGAAUGAAACUUGAAGUAUUAAUUUCUGUGUUCUGGCAGCAAACAGGUUAAGCUUGCUUAGAAAAUUCUGUGCAGAGGUUUAAAGGUGCUUUGUUGAAACAUGAUGAACAUCAGCAAAACCUUUUUUCUCUUUAAACGAUCACACAUACAGGAAAUAAAUUUAGAUGAUUAAGUGGGGAACACAAUAUUUGGACACUUUCUAAAAUUUGAAGAGUUUUUUUAAAAAAGUUUUAAAGUUAUGUGGGUUUUUUAAUUCUUUCUGAAAUCUGACAGAAGCUGCUUUGGGCUUCUUUUUCCACACUUACACAGACACUUCUGUGCUUUUUACAGUUCCAGUCUCCUGCUUAUGGCACGUUUUAGCAGGAAGGCAUUGGUUCACGUUAGUAUGUAAAAAAAUUGGCUAUCUCAUGCUAGCUCCACUGAAGGCUAUCAAAGUUCCAUUAUUUUACUGAAGAUGUUGUUAUCAAUGCAUCUGGGCACUUGAGCAGAAACUGGGGCACACUUAAUCAUGCAGCCUUUUUAUUUGAACCAUCUAAAUUAUGAAUAUUGGAUUGCUUGCUCUCUCUCUCUCUCUCACACACACACACUAGAUGGGGAACCUCAGGCCCAGGGACUGAAUGUGGCCCUGGUCCUUGUAAGUCUCUCCAUGCCACACUCCUUACCAGCCUUGUUUUGUAACCUUCAGUGUUAUUGCCUGACUGUAAGGUGUCCUUGAACUUUGUUAAUGCCUCUUACUUGCAUGGAUGGGCGAUCGAGAAGGGGUGUGGUGAGCAUAUGUACUAGCUAUAGCCUACUGUAUAAAGGUAACAUUGUCGUUUCUUUUUCCAUCCACUUCUACCUCUGGCCCUUCCCUUCACUAGUAUGUGGCCCCUGGAAGAUUUCCAAGAAGGGAAUGCAUCCUUCCCUUCCACAAUGUGUAAAAAGGUUCCACACUGUGGCCCCACCAGUAUUUCCCAUUCCAGGAGUCAGCUUGUUCUCCAGCCAGAGUGUGGAAUUUUUGUCCCUCCCUCCAUAUGCAGUGGGAGUAAUUCAUUUUUCCCUGUGUAGUCUUGCAUUUCCAGCAGUUUUCCCACUGCAGCUUCAUGUUCUGGAUGGUAAACUCCAUUAAGCAUCCUUGGCAUGUGCUCAGUCUAUAAAAUGAAGUCAGUCUUGGCCACUGCUUCAACUGUUUUACUAGGAUCAUUUCAGGGCUGUGGAAUCCCUAGCCAGUCUACAAGCGAGAUCAGCCAGGUGUUUCUAAUUCUCAUACUGAGUUUUAGAAACUGUAUGUGUGGGUGAAAGAACAAGCAAAUUGAUAGAGAAAUUCUGUUCUUUUUGAUUAGCAUUUUUGGCAGGACUGGAACAUUUUUUUGGGCUUUAAAUGCUAAUUUUCUCAAAUAGAGUAGGUUAGACAAAAUUUUAAAUGUUAGUCAGGAUUCAACAAAUUUUGAUUGGCCAGCCAUUAUUUGUCCUAAUCACAAAUAUUGUCCAUCUCCUGCCUAUGCUCCCUUUUUCCUCUGUGGCAUUUGCAUAGCCUCCUGAUGGCUAUAAUUGUGAGUGGGAGGGAAGCAGAGUUCUGUUUGAAGAGUAUCUCAACAUGCACAUGUUCUGUUGGAGAGCGUCACAGAGUUGUAACGAGGAAUUUAAGCUUAGGCCGGCUGCAAUAAAUAUUUUCAUGUACUUUUCUGAUCAUAUUAUUGUUGUAUGUCUAUGGCUGUGUCUUCUUUCCCUCACCUCAGGGGUGGAGAACCUGUGGCCUUCCAGAUCUCAUUGAACCACAACUCCUGUCAUCCUUCACCAUUAGCUGGGCUGAUGGGAUUGGGAUUCAUCAAAAAAUUUAGAGGGCCAACAUUUGCAAUUCUUGCCUACUGUAACCUUAUCUUACCUAGGUAAGUUCAUGGGCCAAUCCAAUGCCAAAUGCUGAAGUGAGAUGUCAUAUCUGUUUCCAGCAUUGGAGGACACCCAUCACCAAGCUACCAAACCAGGUGGACAAGUUGGCAGUAAUGUUCCAGUUAUCCUUUAAAACUAAGCACCAGCGCUUAAAGAAGAGAUAGAAGGAAAAUAUGCCAUCAUCCAUUCUCUCCCAACACAUGCAACAUACCCCCCCUCCCACCUUUGAAAUUAUCCUGAAGAACAGCUAAUGCCCUUCUGUGGACAUUCAGUUUCUGUUCCCUACCUACUGUAGGUAAUUAUUACUGCUCAGUUGCUUAAGCACUCUUAAGUAAUGACAGGUGCUUGUGUUGUACCAUGUAGAAUGAUUCUUAUGAAAGAUUAAAAGCCCACAGGUGUUCAUGCAUAGCUCAUGUGUUGUAUACUGGCACCAUGUAAUUAAAUGUAAUUGCUGAACAUUCUAAGCUAGAUCUAGAUAUUUUUAAAUAAUGAACUGCAACUCAGUGUUGCUAAGCUUGCUCACUUAUGAGCAAUAUAACAAAUCCCAUAUUACUUGUGAAUGUAGGACAGGACCAUUUAUUUUUCAGUUGUAACGAUCUUAUUUGUUAGUAUUGCUUUUUGAUCUUAUCUAAGUAAAUUAUCACUUAUUAUUUAGAGAAAGUAUGCCUCCACUCCUCAUUCAUUCCUUGGUCUUUUCAGCCCAUGAAAUGAUUUGCCAUGUUUUUAAACUUCUCAUUAAAAAGGACUAAUGCUAUUGAUUGGGGGGUUGCUUUUUAAACCAGGCCCCUUACUUACCUGGGAUCCAUUAAUAGGCUAUACCAGCGACCUUGAUAAACUAACAUCAUAUCUUGAAAGCAGAGAAUGUUAUACAUGAACUAAAGUGUUGAGAUGAUCUGCCCCUCAAUUAAUUCUGUGGAAAAUAACACUGGUUUUGCUGUCUUGUUUAGAAUUUGUUUCCUACAUACUUUACACAUAGACUUAAUUUCUUACAUAUUUCACAUAGAGGAAACUAUGUUUUAACGUAUGUUGAACUUCAUGUGAUUUUAAACAUCUUUAAAGCUCUACAAAUUAUGGUGAUGUUGUCCUGGACUUACUGACCUUUGUUCAAGCUUUACUACUGAUCUUAUGUGGUGGUUAGAUUUUAUUAUGAAACGCUGAAACAAAAAAACAAAACAAAACAACAACAACAACAAAAAAGGGUGCAAGUAAGAGCCAGAUAGUAUUUAACACAAUCUGGAGAAAGUGAGCAAACACUUCAGCUUGUGCAGAGCUUCUCCUUUCAAUGUUAUAUAAUUAAUUGCACAUCUUUAUGAAAUGUUGUCCUUCAUGGAGAUUUUCCGGGUUUACAAUGUGAACUGGUGGCAUCUUGUAUGCUCUCUUCUGCAUUUUAGGAAAAAGAAUUCCAGUAUGAAACUUAAGCCUCCCAUUUGCAAGACGACAGCUGAAAACAUAGAACCCCUUUGAACAGUCAUAAUAAAGGAGACAGAUAAAUGUUUGUGCUUUUUCAACUGUUCCUAUCCCAUUGCAAAAUAAGUAGCUGUUUUAGGUUUCUGGUUUUGUUUUAAAGUUAACGUUUAGAGACAGGUGGUGUUAAAAUAAUGCGGAGACAUAAUACCAGUAAGGCAUAAAGUACCAGAUUAAAUACAGCUGCUAAUCUCAAAUACGCUGGUUUUUUAAGUAAAAAUGAAGACCCUUUGAUACCAGGCUUAUCUGUGAUUGCCCAGGGUGGUUGACUGGCUUUAAUUUCAGUCUCCUUGGUGGGAUGUUCAGUGCAGUCAAAAGAGAGGUCAGGAUAUAGUGGUAGAUCUCUGGCUGAUUUGCAGUAGAUCACUGAGGAUUUCUGACUCCUACUUUAAUGAUAGCAAACCACCACCACCCCCGUCCCCAUAAGGCUGCUGAAACUAAGCAAGCUUGAGAGGAAGUGAAGAAUGGUUUUUGUGUGUGAAAGGACUGUGAGCUCACAUCUGGAACUGAGAACAAAUUCCCAGGCUGAGAUACACACAAGAGGUGUCCUGUUCCUUAAUUCUUAGUACACACCCACCCAGCCCCUUCCUAUGCCACUUGGAUACAGCUGGUGGACCCUUGGUUUUCUAGGGAAAAGACAAGUAGAUCCCUUAAACUUGAAGUUUACCCACCCCUUCCUUUGUGCAUUUUUAAACAACACAGUGAUAAGCCCCCCACAAAAAUUAUUGGAUGAAAGAUGUGAGAAAUAUCCUGAGUUCUUAUUACUUAAAAGAAAGUAGUCUUCCAGCAUUCCUAGAAUCAGGAGCAAGGCAAAUAAUUUGCCAAACCAUAUAGUUUCAGGGAGUGUCCACCAAAGUGCACUCUUAAUUUGUCGGAUCAAGAUAGCUGUUCCUGCGGUUGUUCUUCUGUUGUGUCGAGUUUGGUUGUAUGAGAUGUGGGUGCAUCAGCACUGCUGCACCUCAUACCAUCCCAAGAUAAUUUAAAUUAUUUCCCACUUGAAUGCAACCCAUAAACCCUCUUGCUCCAGCUACUGCUUUAUAGUUGGAGAAUAUGUAGGAUGGGAAGCUAGAGAAAGUCAGGCAACAGCACUUCUCAAAAGGGUGUGAACAAGUUGUACCUGAUACAGUUGCUGGUGUGCUUGUUGCAUUUGAUGGCAGUUGCUACCAGUAUUUGGUUUGUGAACCCUAGAAAGAAAACGUGUCUCUGACAUUUUGCUUCCAAAGUGUCAGUUGUCAUUAGAUUCACCAACCCACUUGUGGAUAAGUUUUCCCCUCCCAUGUUCAGUAUAAGCCAGAAGGUAACAGCUGGCACUUUCAGCAGUAAGGCAGGCCAACCAGUGUCAGCUAUACUGUUAGUUCCAGCUUUAGCUGUCAAGACCAAAGAUAGGAUUCACACAUAUCUCCACCUCCCACUUACAAAAUAGAGGUGCUGCUGCCUGCUUCACUUUCUUUCUUGAAAUAGCACAGAGAAGGCAGAAUAUCCUCAGAACCAUACUAGAGGGUCCUCAGGGCUGAUGUAAGCUAAAGUGGGGGUGGGUAUUUGAAUCCCUGCUUUGCCCGUUUGCCCUCUGACGAAGAAAUGACCAGUCCAUAAUUUUAAUGGUAGGUUUAUGGUAGCUGUGAGAGACAGAAUAACAACAGGAAAACCCCCAGAAACCCAGAAGACAUUUUGUUCAUUGGUCGAUCCAGGAUGUGCCUUUGUUUCAAUUCAGGCUCAUUGAUGUUGGACCAUCACAUGAAUAACAGCAUGUUAGGCACAUGAUGUUGCUUGCCUUGAACCUCUGUAUAUUUUACUAUGCACAUCAAUUCUAGUUUAUUCCCACAGUAAGGCAGCUGCCAUUUUCAGAUGCUGAUAAAAGAGCUUCUUGUUCUCUCUACUGUUGCCCUGGGGAACCCUUUAAUGGAAGCCUGAAUUAAUUUUGAGGCUGUGUUCUAACAUUUGCUCUAGGUGGUUGAUUAUAUAGUUAAUUGUACUUGGUUUAAUAAAAGAAACAAGUAAUUUAAAAGAUAAGACUCUCCUGAUUACCUUUUUUAUUGCCAACAAUGUAUUUUGUUCAAUCAAGAAAUUUAUUUAAAAUUGUUAGGAUUUUUUAUGGUCUGUGUUUAAGGGAAUAGAUUUAUAAGAUGAGUGAGUGAAGAAUAUUUCAUUAGGCAAGGUACCUAGAAUCAGGUCAGUGAAUAGUAUUAGCUUCUCUCGUGCCUCUGAGGUAUUCCUAUUAAAACUGCUACCAUGACUCAAUGUUGUGUGAACUGUCGCCUAUUAAUUUGAACCUUAAAUCUCACAAACCAAUCCUUUCAAAGUAGCUUUCCUUGAACCAUGUGAUAAAAUGGUAUUUCAAACUACUUGCUCAAUGGCGAGUAUGGCCCACCAACCAUUUACCAAUGGACUAGCUCCACCAUGUCACUUUCAAAUGUUGGUUCCCCUCAAUUACACUAAAAUUUUGACUUUUUUCUGCUGCUCUGUGGAAUUAUAGAGUGCCUUUUUACAGUUAUUCUGCUAAGCAGUUUUGUACUGUUUCUGUGAGCAAGCUGUUUCUCUUCCACUCAAACUGGGACUGCAUUCCAGUCUCCUGUGUGAGUUAGACAUAGACUACAAAGGGUUUAUGGAACCAUCUACUUGAGGAAGCAAUGCAGCCUGGUGAGUGAAAUUGUGUGUUCAUGGCACUUGGAGGGAAGAGCUGAGUUGUGGCUUUAGUUGCACUUAGAACCAUAGAAUUGUAGAGGUGAAUGAGACAACAAGGAUCGUCCAGUGCAACCCCCUGCAAUGCAGGAAUCUUUUGCCCACAGUGGGGCUCAAACCCACAACCCUGAGAUUUAGAGUCUCAUGCUCUACCAACUGAGCUAUCCCUCAUGGACCUUUACUUAAUGGGUUAAGUGUGUCGUAAAUAUGCUAAGAGUACAGCUUGUCAAGGAACUGGUUACCUUUUAAAAAAAUUGAUUGAAACUGGUUGUUGCCUGAGACCAUUAAGUAAACGAUGAAGUUGCUAUAAGCUUAUUAAUUGGUCAUUCUGACAUGAGGAAGGAUCAGUUUAUAUAACAUUACAGAGGAUUGCAGCUCCUAUAAUAGAAGUAUAAAAGUCAUGUGUGCAAGGCGGACUGUGGUGAUCAGGACGGAUUUUGGCACUGCUUUAUAUGAGGUUAGGCAUCCCUACAAUAAAAAUUGUGCAUCCCUCACAACUGAUGAUGCCCUGCAUGUGUUUUGCCUUUGAGGCUCUGGUGCUUUUUGUACCAAAUUUUCAAAAGUAAAAUAUGACUCUGGCUUUAUGGCUGUGACAUAAAAUUCCCAAACGUUAUAAGGAUAGGUAAGGCAAGUAAGGUAAUGUGUCUUCCUCCUCUCUCCUUUCUCUGUCGUUUCUUUCGGUUGCCUUUCUCGUUCUGCACCCACGCUAGAAUCUUGGUGUCCAGCCAGUCCCAAUCAAAGUUAGCCCAAACAAUCCAAUUUGUAAACCCAGUGAGCUCUCCAGCUGCUCAUUUAUUUGUUGAAAAUCAGGGCCAAACCUGCCACUUCAGAUACUUUCUUGUUUGCUGUUCAGAAGUUAUUUGCAAUAUUUGGCAAAGUAUCUUCCAUUCUUUUCUGAAUAAACUCCUUUGGAACUCUAGAUGCACUCUAAACAUAGUGUUACAAAAGCCAAAAUAAAUGUCUCUUCUGGCUGAUGAGCACCAGACAACUUAUUCUGUUUGCUGAUAUGUCAAAUUCUAUCAGACAACUUUAAUACCUUUAUAUCUAAAGUAUGAAACUGGCAGUAAUAUGGCAGAUGGUAUGUGUUUGUUUGAACCAGGGAGCUAGAUAAUUUGAUUCUGUGUAUGUAACUAGAGAUUUUUUGGGGGGAAAUUGUUUAUUCCUUUGGAUUUUAUAAUAAAUACCACUGCUUCUGUGACAACUAGUUAAAACAAAACCGUCCUAAAGUAAGAAAACUGAAUUCUGGUAGUAAAGAUGACACUGCCAUGGCCAAUUCAAACUCCAUUCUUCACAACAAUAAUUUUGUUUUGUACCACCCUAUAAAAACUCUUGUACAAUAUACACAUCCACCAUAGUAAUGCGAAAGGAGAAAGUGCAAUAGAGGUAUAGGUUAAGAAGUGAGCAGAUGAGAGUAGAUAAGAAUUUUAAAAAAUAAAAUAGAAAUAACUUUAAGUGGAUUUGAUUCUAGCCAAACUUAGCAUGUUCUCUUUUUUAAGACUGAAGCAAAGCAAGUGCAUGGUUUUUGAGAAACAUUUCAUAUCCAAAAGUAAAUAUUUUUGAAAUGCUCUGGGUCAUCAUCCUUUUUCUUUUGUCUUCUCCACUUCAGCUGCUCUAACCAGACCUCUGAUAGAGCAGGUAAUGGUUCUGUAUAAAGAAAAAUACUCUGCAGAGUUGUGCUUUCAGCAAGCUGUAAGAGGAAACAAACAAAUUGCUCAGCAUACCUAUCAUGUAAGCACUUGCCUGCAUUUGUUCAUGGGCUGAAAUUGAAAUCUGCUUAAAACUAUUACCUUGAGGACUUUUUUUAUAGGUUUUGCAGGAACGUAUGACUGUGGUAGAGCUGAGGCAUGUUCCUGCUAUUCUUGUCAGCUGUCCCAGAAGCCUCAUUUGCCGGAGGGGUUUUAUUUUAUCAGGUCUGAAUGCAUUCAUUGAUAGUUGUGCUUUUCUCUCUCUCAAGCAGACAGUAUGCUUGAAUGCUGGGUGGUCACAUUUGAAUUUUUUAUUUUUUUACUACUGCUAGUAGUACAAGAGUAGCUUUAAUAGAAUGCAUAGAGUUUAUGUGCACACUUGUUGUGACUACUGCCCAAAGAAUACAAAGGGUGUUGUAGUUCUGUGAAGGGACAGAGAGUCCAUAUAGGCAACCAUCUUGGGUACCCAUUUAAGAAAUAAAGGAUGCAUUUAACCACACAUUUUUACCCCACUUCUGCAUCUGAUGAUGUUUGCCACUUGGCAGGAAGAUACAGACAAACAAGUUACCCAAGGAUGAGUGAAAUGUUUGGGCUCCAAUUAUCUUCUCCAUGUAUUUAUAUACUACGUUUAUAUCUACCUUUCCUCGGAGGAGCUCGGGUACAUGGUUCUCUUCGUAUUUUCCCCUCUCAAAUCCACCUGUGAUCUGUAAGAGAUGGUGACUGGCCCAAGGUCAUCCAGUGAGCUUAUUGGCUAAGUGAGGAUUUGAACCCUGGUCUCACAGGUCCUACUCCAGCAUUUGAACCACUACACCACACUUGUCUUUCCACACCACACUGACUCUAGCCUGUUCCCAUAUGAUAGUGGGAACCAGCUUGUUUUCUGUUAUGGGUGUGCUGAGUGCUGAGGUUUGAAAGCACCUUUUCAUUGUGUCAGCUAUGCCAUGCCCUUUUUCAGGAUACUCCAUUCGGUUACCCCUCAGUUUCCCCCCACCUCCCCAAUAUUCCAUGCCCACUGAGCAUGCUCAGCUCUUAUUAGGUGGUUCUGUUUGGUGUUUUCGGGCUCCCCCAAGCCUGCUGAUACAUUCCUGCUGCUGUCUUAUCUUUAUAAACACUGGUACAGUGGUACCUCGGGUUACAAACACUUUGGGUUACAGACUCCGCUAACCCGGAAGUAGUACCUCGGGUUAAGAACUUUACUUCAGGAUGACAACAGAAAUCGUGUUCUGGCGGCGCGGUGGCAGCGGGAGGCCCCAUUAGCUAAAGUGGUACCUCAGGUUAAGAAUGGUUUCAGGUUAAGAACAGACCUCCGGAAUGAAUUAGGAUCGUAACCAGAGGUACCACUGUACAUGGAGAAUGAGUUUGGCUAUUGGUAUAUAUAUCUGCAGCAUGAAUUUUAAUACAGGCAUGACCUUUAAUACAGGUUUAAAUAUUUAAUAGGAAAAAAUUGAUUUUGUGUAAUAUACUAGAUUCUCUCUUGAAACAAUUUUCACACUAUCAAGUUUUGAAACAUUUAGCUUUCAUUUCUUUUCCCCAUGUGACCUUUUUAUUCUCACAGUAGACUUAAUUCGAUUUGUGUUCUAGAAACACUACUUAAUUGGCACAUUUUGUUCACACAGCAAUGCUUUUUCUUCUCCUGUUUUUUCUAGGGAUAUCAGUAUGAACAAUAUAACAAGGUUACCAGAAGAUGCAUUCAAGAAUUUUCCUUACCUUGAAGAGUUGUGAGUAUUGAAUCUGACUUGCUUUUGUGGCAUGGGGAGUGAGUAAAUGUUGCAUGAGAAAUGCAUGUAAAAGUAAAUAGUGAUAUGUGAAUCAACUGGGAACAAAGAAGGCAUUGUACUUAAUAGUUUUAAAAAAUCCUAUAUGUGCUUCAAAGCCAGGAUGCUAUUUACAUGGAACCUUUUUUAUAGUAAUUAUUUUAAUUGUGAUUGCAGUGAUGACAUAGGCUUAAUUACAGUGCUAUCCAAAGAUAACACAGGGACUGUGCAAUUACCACUGUUUUAAAUGGAGCUAUGCUAGACUGAUUGCAUAGCUUUUAUAAAAUGUGCUAUAGUUACUGUGGUUCCCAUCAGCCUAGGUUGGGACAAGUACUGUGCGCGCGUGUGUGUGUGUGUGUGUGUGGUGUGUAAAGGUUGGGAAGUGUUGAGAAAGUGAGACUUUGUGAGAAACAACCAGAUGUGUUCAUUAAAUGCAUCCCAUUUCCUUAAAUGUUUCAUGUGAAAGUGUAUUCUUCACUCAUGGCCCCAACCGAACAUAAAUGAGAAGGGGUUUGAGAACGUGGACAUGAACGUGGACAGAACAGGCAAUGAAGUAGCAAGAAAAAAAUGCUUAAAGUAGAAAACCCUGUGACAUAUUGUAUCUUCUUUCACUCCAUUAAAAUACAGCUCCCUUUUUAAUAAUUCCUCAACAGUGGUGUGGCACACUCAAAGCAUACUGAGAGUGCUUUUUUCUUUUUCUUUUUAAAGACAAAUUUAAGUUCAAAACCCUCAACGAAUAGCUUGGUAAUCUCUCAGGGAUUAGGGUAGUGCCUAUAUUCUUUUUCAGACAGAUGUGGUUAGCUUGUGCCCCUUCAGUCAUUGUUGGGCUUGCUGGCUGGGGCUGAUGGGAGAUGGAGUCCAGCAACUUCUCGAGUUCUCCAUCUGGAGGUCCAAAGUUUACCUACCCUGUUUUAAACGAUUGCUCAAAUAUGACCCAGUAGAACAGUUGCAUGCAAGUUUAUAGAAUAUUAAUAGCACUACAACUUGAUUCAGAAUAAUGCCAUUUAAUGCAAAAAUCUUAAAUAUUGGUCGUAGCUGCUACUGUUUAAUUGCAAACAGCCUCAAAAUAAAAUGCACAAGGGUGGUAAUUGGCUAUGUGAGAAUGUGAGCAGGGAGAUCCUUGAUGCAAACAUUGCUUUGGCAAUGAUUCGCAAGGUGGGUGGCCAUAGACAAGCCAUUGUCUUCAGUCCUAGUCCCUGUCCCAUAAUAUAGAGGAGAUGAUACUCCUUGCAGAGUGUUGCAACAUACCGUGAAAAAAAUUAAUAAUAUGUAGAACACUUCAAACAUCCUAACAGCACUAUAUAAUUGCUAAGUUAAUAAAUAAUAGACAUUUAUUAAUAUUAAAGGAGGCAGGUUAUACCAGGUGCUUUAUAUAAUAGAUUGAAAACUGUGUUGCCUGUUUUAUUUUAUAUAUAAAUAUUUCUAUAUAAAUAUUUGCUGUAUAGUAUGUUGGUAUAGUAUGUCCAUCUCCUCAGGUGUUUCUAUAUGUUUAAAAUAAAUAAGCAACUCUUUGAAUGAUUUGCAUUCAUCUCUCCCCACCCCCAACUCUGCCUAUAAGUACAAAGCAAUAAAACCAAACUAUGUGGGUGUUUCAGUCUUUAUGUAACUUCUGUAAACUUGGGGUGUGUCUUGAGAUGAGGAGCCGAAAGGCAGAACCUUUAGCCACUAUAUACUUGGAACUCCAUUGCACAAUACCCAAAGUAUCUUUAUUGCAAACUGUAAUGAUAGUGCUUAGGAAGAAGAAGAAGAAAAAGCAUAGAAAAGUUUUCCAUUUUAUUAUGGGACUGAGAAAUCCUGAUUUAAUUUAUUACUUGCCUUUCUGGUGCAACAUUUUAACAUAUUUCUGUUCCCUUGCUACAAAAAUGAAAAGAAUUUAAGGUGUGUCUUUUUCAUCAUGCACAUUAUCAAGCUCGAAAAGCUAUACAAGAGAAAAGAAACAUACUCAUACUCUGUAUCCAAGUAUACAAAUGUGUGAAUAAUGUCACCGUGACCUGGUUCACACAUAAAGCGAAGCUAAACUACGGCUUAGCGCAAACGUGUGGGUUCCUGGAGAGGAGAUUAUGGUUGUUGUACUGCUGUGAACUAAUACAUGGGUCAUAGCCACAUCAUACAUUUAAAUCGCUCUUGUACUACUGUAGCACUCAUGGCUCCCACCAAAAAUAUUGUAAACUGUAGUUUGUUAAGGGGGCUAGGAAUUAUAGUUCUAUGAGGGCUCUUAACAACUCUCAGCACCCUAAUAGGUUCCCAGGGUUCUUUGGGGAAAGCCAUGACAGUCAAAGUGGUAUAAGAGUGACCCUGGCUUAGUGUGCUGUCCAAAUCCAGGCUUGUGAUUUGUCUUGCUACAAACAAGCAAUGGGUGUAUCCAAGGUUUGUUCCUUGAGUUUACAGCUCAUGGUUUGUCUUGCUAUGACUGCAGUCUUAAGCAUAGUUUCCUAGGUGCAAACUCUUAUUGCAUUUGGUGAUCCUUUCUUCUGACUGCAGGUUCAAUUAGUAAAACACAAUGUGACCUUUAGCAAAAGGUUUUCAGGUAGCUGAAAUGCAUCCUUUAGCCUUUAAAAAUAUUUCAAAGAAAUGUUGCCAUUUAAACUGCUAACAUGAAGUAGGGAACCCAUCAAAGGAAGAAGUGCCUAGCCUCUGCUUGGUUAUUUCCUCCUUCUCUGACUUCCUAUUUGCUGACCUGUCUCAAUAGCAAAACUUGAAAGUGUCAUUAUCACCUCAGUCACUUGCCAGAUCAAGGAGUGUCUGUUAGUUAGUUACCCUAGUGCUUUGACACAUGUCAUAAUUUCUCCUCAGAAAAAAAAGUUCCGUGCUCCCCAUUCCUGUUUUUGCUGCACAAUGCCACUGCUUCAACUACCAGAUGUUUCAACAGUGCUGAUUUCUUUAAGUGUUGUUGCUGCAUGUUUAUUUGGUGUGUUUUUUUAGGAGUGGUGGGGGAGAUGUGUAAAUAGUCAGUGGGUGGCAUUGCACUUAACUGGGUCUGGGUGGAGUCAGGAAUUUCCUGCUAAUAUUUUCUACUUCUUAGGAAAAAAGCAAGGAAGUUCUUAGCAGGCUUCUUCACUGGUCCUCUUAAGUCUUCUGUGACAACAGCUAUUUUCUUCCCAGUGAGUAGUAUUUUUCCAGCGUGGGAAUUGGGAGGGAAGAAUCUGAAAUCCCCAGAAGCACAGAAACUAAAAAACUCACCAGCCUACUUCGUCCAAACUCUCUGAUACAAAAAGGUUCCACCCACGAACAAGAGCCUCAAGGAAAGCAGCACAAAAUAGCAGACAUACUUCAACUACAUAUUUUGUUGACCUUUUUUUGAUUCCAUGUGCUCUAGUUUUCUGACUUGGAUUAGCAGGCAAACCUGAAACACCCUCUGCUAACUGUAAUGAAAAUAGGAUGCAUUUAUUACGGCAAAGAGUUACAAUUUGUUGAGUUGCAACAUCUAGUCCUAUGAUACGUUGAAAUGGCUGCAUGGUCAUUUUAGUGUGUUUGCUUACACUGCUGGAUAAAUUUAGGUCUCAUUCACAAAACAAAAUGCAUGAAAACAAAUGCUACUGGGCAUUGCAAAUCUUACUACAACUGAAUUCAAAAGGCUCUAGGCCUUUCAGUUCCCUGGUGGUGUUAAAAAUAAGUAGAGAACACUUUCAUAAAAGGAAUGUAAGCCAAUGCUUCCUGCCCCCCCCCAGUUAAUAGACUUGGGAUGCAAUCCAAAAACCCAAUCCUACAUGCUAGGGUGGUACAGUGGUUUCCUUUCACCCAACUUGGAACAGGUUCACCAGCCUCCUCUGUUGAGUGACACCAGCACAGACAUCCCUGUUCUACCACUGAAAGUGGACAGAAGUAUUACCGGUGGGAAGCCUUCAGAAAGCCCACAAAUUGGAUGUUCUAGGGGAAGGGAUUAUCUGAUCUGCAAUUCAAUGGAUCCUGAGCCAGCCCCUUGUGAUGGCAACUCUUAGACUGGUAUAGCCCAGAGCAGGCUUUUGCCUGCCUCUGUCUUGACCUGCAUGAAUUACAGGGUGGUGGUGUAGACAGUGGCAGCUCCAUUGCACCCUGCUGCUUACCAACUGGGGAUUGUUCUCCAUUGGUGAAAAGGGAUCAUGGAGCCUGAUCCUGACCAGCUUCAGUCAAAGCUGGAGACAGAUGGCACACAGAAAGCUCAUCUCUAAACUGCUUACUUUAAAAAUGAGUUAUAGGAGAAGGGAGUUGAUGGGACAGAGGACUCAGUAUCCUAAUCAGAAGGAAGAAAAUGAAGUAUGUGAAUUUGCAGGAGAAGGCUGCUAAGACCUUUCAGGUGGUAGAUGAAUAAAUGAUUAAGUUAAUUUGGAAUAUGCAGAAAAUGUAAAAAAUAAAUUCAAUGAACUGCAGAAAGGGGGAAGGAAGUCAAGUUUAGAAAUGUUAAAAUGAUUGUAAAAUUAUUGAAGUGUAUAAAAUUGAAAAUCAUACAUAAAAAUAAAUAAAAAAAUUCCUCUCAGGUGUGUAUUGGUAGUUAAGAUGAAAUUCCUACCUGCUUCACUUUCCACUGAAGGAGAUUGGAGUCUGUUACAAGAAAGGGAUUUCUUAACUAGGCAGGAGGAGAAGGUUUUUUUUAAAAAGGGGGGAGAAACAAAAGGGUGGGGGACUGGCACCUUCAUUAGAAAGGGCAGUUUUGGGAAUCAAUUUUAAGUUAUGCAUAUUCAUUUAAAAAACCCAACAUCCAAAAAGAAAAUUAAUGUCCAAAGCUGAAUUAAGAUAGAUGAGACAGAAGGGAUCUGUACAGUGGUGCCUCGCAAGACAAAAUUAAUCCGUUCCGCGAGUCUCUUCGUCUAGCGGUUUUUUCGUCUUGCGAAGCAACCCUAUUGGCGGCUUAGCGGAUUAGCGCUAUUAGCGGUUUAGCAGCUAUUAAAGGCUUAGCGGCUUAGCUGCUAAAAGGCUAUUAGCAGCUUAGCGGCUUAGAAAAAGGGGGGGGAAGCGAAAAAAAAUCUCAAGACUCGCAAGACAUUUUCGUCUUGCGAAGCAAGCCCAUAGGGAAAUUCGUCCUGCGAAGCGCAUCGAAAAACAGAAAACCCUUUCGUCUAGCGGGUUUUCCGUCUUGUGAGGCAUUCGUCUUGCGGGGCACCACUGUAUUAAACUGUGUCCAGGUGUUUCAUGCUACCUGACUUGGUAAGCAUCAUUUUGCUUCUGUUGUGUCACACAGGAGCCUUUUAGUAUGCCACAAACUAAAGCAGGCAUGCUUCACAUUCUAAUAUAUAUGCCUUUGUUUUCUAUGGUUCAUUUUGGCCUCUCCAUGCCAGGUUACUAUAAUUAGCUUGUUUAAUCUCCCCUCCUCCCCCAUGGCCGUUUGCAAAGUUUGUUGUUUACAUGAUGGUGACUUCUAAUUAUCACAAGGGCAGCCAUAAAUAUGAGUGUCUCAGUUUAUACACAGAUGAAAAGCAGGGCAUGGAUUUGUAUUAUUCACUGCUCUGUUUUGCACUUAACAAGUUUUAAUUUUCUACGCCAUCUCCAUAGGAAUCUUACAAUACUUAGGAAUAUAGUUGAAAUUCUCUUGUCUUUCUCUAUAACAGAUACUUGUGUAAAAGUAAUUUACAAAUGACAGAAUUGAUCAGAGUCUAUAAAGAACAGCUGAUCACCAAGGGCUUUGCCAGGUCAUUUAAUGAGGUGUGCUCUUUAAACAAACGUAAUAUGAAUAUAAGGUAAAAGUAAAGGACCCCUGGAUGGUAUAGUCCAGUCAAAGAUGACUGUGGUAUGUGGCGCUCAUCUCACUUUUCAGGCUGAGGGAGCCAGCGUUUGUCCACAGACAGCUUUCUGGGUCAUGUGGCCAGCAUGACUAAACCACUACUGGUGCACGGAGGACCGUGACAAGUGCCAGAGCAUACAGAAAUGCCAUUUACCUUCCUGCCGCAGCUGUACCUAUUUAUCUACUUGCACUGGUAUGCUUUCGAACUGCUAGGUUGGCAGAAGCUGGGACAGAGCAGCAGGAGCUCAGCACCACCACACCAAUUUUAACUGACAACCCUCCAAUCAGCAAGCCCAAGAGGCUCAGUGGUUUAGACCACAGUGGCACCUACGUACCUUAAUAUGAAUAUGCAACAGCCCUGCAUAUGAUACAAAAAAUAAAAUUCUUGUGAGUGUUUGCCUGCAAUUUACCAGCCUUCCUUACAAAGGAAUUUAUAUUUCUGCACAGGUUGCUGUGUUUCACUAAAAAUAGGUAUUUUAAAAACAAAUGUAGCUUUGUUGGCCCAUUGGAAAACACCCUGAAAUCCAGUUGGACAGUACCUUUAUUAUGCCACAUAAGCGUUGCAAGCUUUCGAGUUCUCCAGAACUACUUAUUUAGGUAAGAUGCUAUACAAACUGUGUAAGAGGUGAGGAAAAUUUUAAAAUAAAUAAAUACAAAAGGUAGGGUGGUGGUGUAACUGUGAGGUCAGCUUCUGUGAUGCAGUCUUGCUCCAAGAUUCCUUCUUUUUCAUAAAAAUAAUUUAUGCUGCCAAUAUUUUGAGUUCUGUGUAACUCACAGGCUAGCACAGUAAAUGACAGCAUCAUAUCCAAAGCACCGUGUUCCAUUAACAAUACUAAAAUAUUGGCUAUAUUAGGCUCCAAUGUGAUUUAAGUCUUAAUGUAACCCCUAAGUCCUACCUUCCCCCUUAAUUUUUUUUAUUGGAUUUUUUAUUUGAAAAAAAAUAAUACAGAUUUGUGGAAUAAAUUAACAGCAAACCAGUGUCCCUCAAUCCUAAAUUCAUUUAGUUAAAAGCACAGAGCAGCUCACAAAAACCGGUAGGGGUGUGUGCACCUACUUGCUACCUGUGAUUGUUGUUUCCAUCAUACUGAGCUUUGGCUUAGAGUUAUGUCUGAACCAGACCUCUUUAUGCCUAUCUCUUUUUUAAAAAUGACUCUCCAACCCCUUUGUGGUUGAAACUGUAUGAGAAGCUACUCCCUAGAAUUGUGUUGAUGCGUCAUGGGUGGAAUGUGCCUUCCCAGAGGGGUUAUGCCGACUGACACUAGGCUGGUAUUUAGCACCCACUUCUCAUUAGUUAAUAAUAAUAAUAAUAAUAAUAAUAAUAUGUGUUGAUGUUGAACAGUAUUGUGUUUGCCUUGUUUCUUGCUUUAUUUUUAUGUUACUGUGUUUUGGAAGUUACUGAGCUUUUUUCAGUUUGGCCCAAAGUUGUUGUGCGCUUUCUUUUUUGCAAGAUCUCAAAAAAAAUAAAAGGAAGUUUUUGAGCUAUUUUUAAGAAAAUUCACCAAAAUCUACACUUCAGACAUGGGUUGCCAUACAUCUGGAUUUUCCUAGGCAUUUUAGUGAUUUCUGCCCAGACACUGUUUCCAACUGCUGAAUCCUGGCUGUGUCUGGACAUAUGGCAGCCCUAAUCAGUGCCCUGCCUGAGGACUUGUGCUUGCACAAUGGAACUUGCUCAGGAUUUUUGUUAGGAGAGGGGCAGAGCCUCAGAUUUGUAUUUUUAAAAUUGAUUUAGGGGGCAGCUGCACCCCUUGGCUGUACCCCUACUUUGCACCCCCUGACCUUGUCUUGGGGAACACAGAACCUCCAGAACUGUGCAGGGGAGAAGAGAGGGAGUGUUCCAUCUGGAAGCUACAGUGCUUGUGUUAAUGUGAUGUUCACCAUGGGAUGUUGAAUUCCACUGUUUGUCUCCACUAUCAGCAUUAAGGUUUUUAGUUAACUUGCUUAAGAUUGAUUUCAUAACCACUUUUUAUGUGUUGCAAUGAAAUAAAUUCAUUUUUCCAGUGGACCUUUCAGAGCAUAUGGGCUUAUGAAUAGUUCAAGUUAUGUAGGUUUUAGCUCAACAAUCUAGGUUUUCCUCAAUUUCAACACUUCUUAGCAUGUUGUCAUAAUAUUGGGUUUGUUUUGAGCCAUUCACAAUUAUGCUUUUUUCAGUUCGCAUGCGUCUUCUGCUUGUUUCACAUAGUUGAGCAGAUUUGCCCUGAACUUGAGCUUCGCUAACUGUCAGAAAAGUCACGAAGUGGUUCUGCUUCUGCUGCUGGAGCAUCACUAAUAUGGUUGUCAAGCAAGCCACCCAGAGCACCUUUUGUUAUAGUCCUAUAAAUAGCCUAAGUCAAUAAAGUGCCAAGACUAUCCCUUUAAUCUUUCGUUUAAUCUUUGAGGAGAUUGGUCAGUCAUUCUACUUUAGGGUAGAAAAUAUUAAUUGUUUCUCUAUGGCAAAAAUGUACAGUCAAUCCACUUAAAUGUCAGCUGUAGUAAAUGUGGUUUUCAAACUUUCCUUGAACUUCAGGCAUGAUAUUUGUACAGCUGCAGAGCUCAUGGGUGCUUAUAAUAGCUAUGGAGGAGGGCCAUUUCAUCCAUAUGUUCUAGCAAGAGGUCACCAUGUUAUCCGGUGCAGAGAAAGGGACUCCCAGGAGGUUGGUAAUCUGUUGAAAUAGAAGGAAAUGAAGCACGGAGCCCUUUGUGUGACUCUAAAGACAUAUCACCUGUGUGUGGCAUUUUCAUUUUCUGCUAUGAACGAAGCAGUUUUGAAUUGUUCUGCACUGCAAAUCAGUUGAGUAAAUAGGACACGUGUGUGUGUGUGUGUGUGUGUGUGUGUAACUGAUCAGAAGAAACAAGCAAUUAGAAUAGCAUACAAAAAAGAAGUCGUCAUGUUGUAUUUCUGAGCUUGGAAGUUUGACUUGUCUUGUGGAUGUCAUUCUAACUGCUCUUUUCUCUUUUGACUGGAAAUGGAGGUAGAAGGUAUGAAUGCUUCCCACAGUUGAAACAACCCUACUUAUAAAAAACAGGCUUCUGAAUGUGAAGGUUACCCUUCCUUCUGAACUUUGGCUUUACUUGGUAGCUUUCAUCAGGCAAGGGGUGUGAUGUGUUGGAGUGCUGUGGGCCUCAGUUCAUAUUCUGUAUCCUUAGGUAGAAUCAACUGUAUGCUACAGAUUUCCAAGCCCUGCCUUAUCAGAAAUGUCUAGCCAUAAGAUAUCUUGAGGUUGUAUUGGACCUUCUGAUGUCACACAGGUUCUUGCAAGCUUGGGUUAAGGCAGUUGACUGACUCACUAGAGAGAGGCACAUAGGUCUGGAGCACACCUGUCAAUAUCUUUGGUAGAGGCCCAGGAGGAAAUCAACAGAGUAAGAAUAAAUACAUGAAGGAGUACAAGUAAGGAAUAAAAUGAAACUCUACUUGCUGUCCUCAACCCUAGCAAGAGUUUAGGUAGUCAACAGUGAUGAGAAUAUACAUGGUGCAACCAAAGUUAUGCUUUGUAACAUUGUGUAAUAUGAAAUGUGUCUUCUGCUUGGUGUGAAUAUGUUGGUUGAUCUGCUUCAGGAAAAAUGUUGUCUUUCCCUUAGCAGGGGAAAUCAGUUUUGUGCUGCUACCAAUAGUUGUCUCUGGUCUUCAUGUUCACAUUGAAACUUUUUAGGCAAGUAAGAGGAGAAAGAAAUCACAUUUUUUAAUAAACACUACUGUCGUUCAUGUUCUCUCUCUCUCUCUCUCUCUCUCUCUCUCUCUCUCUCUCGUGUGUGUGUGUGUUUAGGUAGUCUUACCUUGGUUUAGUUGAUGAUAUUGUUCAGAUGGAUCGCAGAACUACUCUCUUAUUCUGGUGAUUCAUAUUACAUAGUUCUUCCUUGGUAUUUGUAGAUAGUAUCCAACGAAUUAUUUGAGGUGUGUCCAAGGGAAUGCAUAGUAGAAUGUUUUACUUUUUUCUCACUUAGACAGCAGCCUACCAUGCUAUAUCACAAGCUGCUUUUGGAAGGUUCUCCCAGUUUCAGAAUUGGCUUGCUAUGUCGCAUGGAAGACUACUGUUUUGAAAAACCCAAAUUAAAGACUGAAAAGAGUGCUGCUUCAACUAUAUAGUUGCUCCUACUUCUGUAUAAUUAUGCAAAUUAAGAAAACCAUACUGGUAUUUACCUCCUCCCCCAAUGCUAUUUGGAGUGCAGAAUAUGGCAUUCUUUGUUCUUUUUUAUUCUGGCAAUAAUGUCUGUAGCCCCUUAGGAAUACAUUUUAAUAAUAUAUUAAUAUAAUAAAAAUAACUUUUGUUAAAUAGAAAUACAUUUAAACUCUGAUUUUAUGCAGUUAGUGUUCUAUAUCAACACUUUAGCCAAAAUCUACUUCGUUAUGGUGGUGUGUGACAGUUUUGAUUCAUGUGUUGUGAUUUCCAUAUUCAGAUAUUAAAACAACUUGUGCCAAUUAAUUUUCCAGCAAAUGAUGGCAAAUAGGUUUAUUUGUGUGUUGGAUUACGAACAUUUUUAAGAUGGGGGGGGGCUUGAUCAUUGAGUUCUUUCUAAAAUGCUGGAAAUAGUGGUAAUGUAAUUUUACAGUGAUGAUUAGUGUAAUUCAACUCACUAAUAUCUUAAUAGAUAUCAUCAGCCAGACAAGGCAGAUGUGCUUAGUUUGAGUGUUGAAUGUUUAAGACAUGCAGAAGUGACUGUCCAAUAAAAUAUCAUGCACACCAAAUUACAAAAAAACAAAAACAAAAUUCAUAUGGGGAAAAGUGAGAGGGUUUUAUUCAUAUGAAUUCUAACCAAUCAGCAGAGAAUAUAAGGGUAUAAUGCUAUACACACUCACCUGGAAGUGACCCCUGCUAAGCACAGGGAGAUUUAAUUCCCAAGUAUGCAAGUAUAGGAUCAGGCUGCACUUUGCUCAGAGGAUGUCUGCUGUUCUAGCAUUAUAGCAGUUAAUAAAGAUCUGAGCAGGUAAGGGAUUCAGUUUACAUAUUUUGCCAGCUAUUUGAAGGCAGGCUAAAACUGCUUCUUUGUAUGACAACUAUUUCAUUCAGUCAGCAUAAUGAAUAAAAUGUAGUAACCUUUUUGUAAAAUAAGGUAUAAGGGAGCUUGAUAGAGGUUUAUAAAAUCAGGCAUGGUGUGGAGGAAGUGGAUAAAAAGAUAGAUGUUUGCUUUCCUCCCCUCUCAUGUCAUAAUACUGGAACAAAUGAAGCUUGCUAUUUCUCCCCCUCUUCCUUAUUACAUAUGUUUCUUUUGAAUACACUGCUGAAUUGGAUCUCUGGGCUGUACUGGUUUCUGAACACACUCAUGGGCUAGUUGUCCUCCCAUGUGGCUUAGACUGCUAGAGCAUCUUAGUAGUUGAGAUGCCUGGGAGAGGAAGGAGAGGAGAUGGGUUGAAGUUGCUAAGCAGGAGACUUUCAAUUUAGCUGGCUGUUUCCCUACUUCCAAGGAGACCACUGUAAGGCAGUGGGAGUCCUGUGCCCAUUGCCCUCAGUAACACAUGAGUGGAUGGCGGCAGCAGAGGGAACGAGGAAUAGGACAGGACCUUGGUGCUACUAAGCUAAGCUACAAAGGUGGUGUUGGAGCAGGGCCUCUAUCUCCAUGAAUUUGUCUAGUCCUCUUUUAAAACCAUCCAAGUUGGUGACUAUUACUGCCUCUUGUGUUUAUCUAGGCACUGUGCAAACAAAUACAGUAGGAGAUAAGAGAUGACAGGUGAGAACUAAGAAGCAUGGAGAGGGGAAUAUGAAAUAAAAAGUCUUCUCUACUUCUGCUUAGACUCUCUGGACGUGGCAAAUUCUGCCUAAAAUGGGGAGGCUGAGUCUCACUCAGAGAGCCAAAGUCUGUACUUAACUUGAGGAACUAUGGCACUCCUUACCACAAGGAAAUAAUUGUGGUGUAGAAUUCAGCCAUUUUUUAAGGAGGGGUUAAAAUGAUGACAUUAAUUGCUUUCCAUUUUGUGUCUGGCUCCAUCCUUACACCACCCUUUUGUGAAUACUGGGCCUCAGUAACUUUCUGUCCUUUCAAGUGGGACCUGAGGGCAGAAAGUCUUUAAAAUUCCCUGAAAUGUAGAAUUUGUGCCACAGAAUGUGCAAAAUAACCAUAAACUUUCUGAUGAUGAUUUCUAGCCAUGAUGGCUUUAGUAUCAGAGGCAGUGUGCCUCUGUAGGGAAACUGUAACACUGAGGGAAUUUCAAAUGUGAAAAUGUUUUAUUUAAAGUGUUUGGUGUGUGUGGCAAGCAGUUUACUUCUAACCUAAGCCUGUGAUUUACAGUGUAUAGGGGGUUCUUCAGUUGGUCAUCUUCCAGGAAGCAGCUAGGCUGACACAUUUAUUAAAGAGUUAACUGUACAACUUCCACCAUUAUGACAUUUUGCAGUAGAAUUCAGUUUUUGUAUGGAUCAGUAGAAUCCAAAAAGAGCAAUCUGUCAUAGGUCCCUUAGUGGGACUUCCUAUUUAAAUUCAUUGGUCUUCCGAUAGAGUCCAGUGAGAUGCUGAAAUUCCUUAAGAUUAGAUGGUUCUGAGGGAAUAGAAUAAUACGGCAGUCACAGCACGUUGAACAGUGUUGUCAGUGUUGUCAAGGCUCAUGAGCAGGGCCGGCCCAUUCAUGAGGCAGACUGAGGCAGCCACCAUAGGCAGCAGAAUCCAAGGAGCACCUCCAUGGGCAUCUGCCCACCGCCACUGCUGUUUCACCUUCGGUGGCGAAACUAGAUGGGCUGCCCCUGCUCAGAAGAGUCUGCAGCUGGGGGCUGAAAAGGUAGUAAGUGUGCUUCUGAGAUCUGAGAGAGUAUUCUGGCACCAGGCAGCUGUUCAACAGGAAGGUGCAAAGACAACCAAGUUAAAAUCACUGAAGGCUAAAGCUAGGAAGAGAGGCUUUACCUGCAGUUUUCCAAGACAGCUGAAUCCGGAUUGUCAGUUGGUGGUGAUUGUCUUCACAAAAGUAAUGAGUCCCUGAUCAGAAACAAAACUUCAGAUAAAACCUAGAUGAAGAAUGUAAAUUAAUUGGGGUAAAGAGAAUCCUGACAAAAUGAAGACUUAAGGUGAAGUUGUCUGUGCAGCCUGUGAGUUAAGGAGAAGGAAAAGAGCAAAUGCCUGUUGGUUUAGAUUAGGAAAAAGAAUUAGAGCAAGCAAGCAGCCUUAUCUUCAAAGUAACUGUUAUAUCAUAAAGUAAAUAACUGCCCAAGCAUCAUUUCACAUCUUUCCUCGUAAUAGUAUUGUAUUACAAACAAGUUUACUAUGUUAUAAUAUACUUGCUUGACUUUUGCAUAUGCUUCUUGUGGUCUGUUCAUCUCAAGUGUGGACCCAGCUAUGGUGCAUGGUAAAAGAUGAAUACAGUGGUACCUCUGGUUACAAACUUAAUUUGUUCUGGAGGUCCAUUCCUAACCUGAAACUGUUCUUAACCUGAGGUACCACUUUAGCUAAUGGGGCCUCCCACUGCUGCUGCGCCACCACUACGUGAUUUCUGUUCUCAUCCUGAGAUAAAGUUCUUAACCCGAGGUACCACUUCCGGGUUAGCGGAGUCUGUAACCCAAGGUGUUUGUAACCUGAGGUUCCACUGUAAAGGAAUUACUUGGAAUUAUUUUUAAUUGCUUUCCACACCCAACUCAAGGCGAUGUAAAAUGUAAAAUAAAAGCAACUUUUAAAACAGUUAAAGACAACACAGAUAAACUUUAAAACAAUACAAAGUAGACACGUAUAGCAGAUACCUAUUUAUCCAGCUCAGAAAGCUUGUUGGGACAAAAAUGCUUUAAAUUGUUUCCAGAAAAUGCAGGAUGUGGGCACCUGUCAUAUCUUGACAGGAAUGCUUUCCCACAGAACAGGGACAGCCACAUAAAAAGCACUGCUCCAAAUUACUGUGGAGCGGCCUUCUAAGAUCUUUAGAACUGUAACUCAUAGCUGUUCCAGCAAGCAUGGGCAGUCGCCAGGGAUGCUGGGAGUUGUAGUCCAACAACACCAGGAGGACACCACAUUGGUUAUCACCAAUCAAAGGAAAGAAGGAGAAACACCCCCAUCCGCACAGUUGACAGGCCUUUUCUCCCCAGAAAUUCAGUGGAUUGGAACCACUCACAGGGUUUAUGAUGUGUGAGCCUGUUCCAUCCUGAUUGACAUGUGCUUUCAUGCUUGUUACAACUUUUCUACAAGAAAACACAUAUCUUGGCUAAAAGUCAGUAUUCUAAAGUAUCACAAACUUUGAAUUCUAAAUUAAUAAAUAGAGCAAGUACCCCUCUGACUGGAAAAAUAUACACUUCAAAUUCAUAGACUCCAGCAUCCACUUCUCAGAUAUCCAGAAGACUAAACAUCUAGAACAGAGCUUUCCAAACUUUUCCUGUUGGUGACACACUUUUUAGACACGCAUCAUUUUGUGACAUAGUAAUUCAGUUUUACUGGCAAACCGGAGGUUUAACCUCUUUCCAGUCCCGGGAGGAAUGCAAGGGAGCAUUCAUGUAACACACCUACACACUGCAACUGACACACUAACAUGUCGUGACACACAGUUUGGAAAGCUCUGAUCUAGAGAUUUAGCAAUGACUGCCACUAUCUCUAGCUCAGUGUAUGCUCUGCCCUGUUGGUUGCACCCAUAUGUAUCAAGGCAAUGUAUGCAGUAUAAUAAGAACAACUAAAAAGAAAAGCAAAUGAAUUGAAAAACAACCUUUAUGGUUUAACCAGAUUUAUUAAUUAAAUGGCAGGGGUGAGGAAUCUAUCUCAGCAUUUUUCUGUGCCAAUUUCCAGGGGCCGCAUAUCGGUAGUCAGGGGGACCAGAGGAAAAGGUGGAUAAAGUGAUGAAAAUAAAUGUUAGCUUGGUGCAGUAGGCUAGUUUCUGUAUACACUCAUCCAGCCCUCUCUGCAUUAAUCAAAUUGAAAUCAAUGGGACAAGUUAGUCAUCACUAAGUUAACUUGCAUUGAUUGUGAUGGUCUACCACUUUAAAAGCACCUACAAUUUUCUACACACUGUUUAUAGGUUAAAGCAGCCUAAAAAUGUAAUAGGCAUCGUACAAAGACAAAAAGGAAUGGGUAGGGAACAGAAUAUAUAAAAACCGUUUUCAAUUUCUAAGUGCAAUAAGACUUAUUUUGUACAAACAUCCCUAUUGUAUUUUUCUCGGUGGCAUUAUUUAAUCUGCACUAGCAUCUUCAGAUCUUAGCCGAGGCAUUAAAGCAAACAAGGAAGCAACCAAUUUGGCCGAAAAUGAUCUGUUGUUCGUGUUGGCAGCCAGGAAUAACCAGGUGUUUGGCAUUUUCUUAUCACUUUCCUAAAUAAAACAUCUAGUGUUACAAGCAUCAGCAGUUGACAGGAAUUGGACCAUAUAACAACAGACUUACUACUAAAUAAAUGUUUGAAGAGAACACAUGAAAGAUAAAUGGGAUAACUCCAUCUCAAAGCUGUUUCUGUGAUGGUUACUUGGGUGUGGUGGAGAGUCCUUUUUUUUUCUUGGGCAUAAAUACACCUACAUACAUGUACAAUAGCUCUUUUCAGAGAGAAUGGAAAACCAAGGUUUUCUGCUUCACAUACUAGUUACGCUGCACCUUUAGCUCCUCCUUGGUUAUGCCUGUCAGGAGGAGAUCCACUUUGGGUUUUCAACUAACAACAGUUCAUUGUGAGGUGCAGACUUGAGGAACUUUGGUUUGUUUAAUGGUUAAAACAGUAUCUGGAUCUAUAGUAGAUAUUUACAAAGUUUGGAAUUUGCUGGUCUAUAGAACGGAGAUUUAAAAAACGCAUAAUCUUCAAAUAAACAGAGAGAGCUGUGUAUGGAGAGAGCAGUUGCUUCUAAACAUGCAGAAAAAAGACAAACAGAUUGCAGUAAGGGAUUUGAAAUUUUCUGUUAGAAUUAGACUGACAUAUCUAUUGUAACUUUUGCAGAGUUGCCUUCAUUAUUAUUAUUUUUUUAAUAGGCAGCACCUGUUUGGCACAAAAUUUCCCACCUCCAUGCAGAAUUGACAUGAGAAACUUGGCUGGACACCUUUAUCCUACUGCUCAAAACCCUUUUAAGAGUGGAUCCUUGGCCCCAAUAGUUGAAGGCUGCGUUAUCUAGAGUGGAAUAGAAAUGUGGUAGUAGGCUACAAUUCAUAAUGUGGUAGUUGUGGCUUGACACUUGUAGUUUAAAUGUUACUUGUAAACACAGACUCUGAGAACUCCACGCACGAUGGUUACUUAAAAACACACGAGUUGAGUGAGUGCUAGUGAAUGGAAAUGUGGUACAAUCGAAUGCAGAGCACGCCGGUUGCUUGAUGAAUGUUUUGAUGUCCUGAUGAUUUAAUGCAUUAGACACUUAGAAAUAUGCUGUAUUUUUGUAGCCUAUUAUUAUUACUGCAAUCUUUUCCAGACGGCUGGCUGGCAAUGACCUCGCUUUUAUUCAUCCGAAGGCCUUGUCUGGGUUGAAGGAGCUCAAAGUUCUGUAAGUAAUCAAAUUUCAGAGCUUCAUGGGGUAAUUCUUUACUUCUUUCUUGUCCAGUCAGCAUAUUCACUGACGGAAUGAGCGGAAUUGUGUAUUUUGUUCUAGGAUUUUUUUUUGGACAGUGCAGAGGCAGUAACAGGAAAAGUUCUAUUGCCUUGUCACUUUUUAAACAAUUCCAGUGGAGGAUUAAACUGUGGGUGGCUGGUUGCAACUUUGUUUAAAUGUUUAUUGCUUCAUUUAAUUGGGGGUCAGUGUGUGGUUCUGAGGGCCAUGCACACAUGCAUAGAGCACUAUGGUGUUAGCUUGAAUUAGAACUACGUGGGAGCAGCUCUGUAUAAAGUUGUUUGGGUGAAGCAGCUUGCAAUGAAGUUGCUAUCUUUUCCUUUUAACCAAAAUUUCAAGUCCCACCACCACGACUGUAAUGGCAAGCUGAACAUCACCACAGUUGUGUAGGGACUUCAUCACCAAGUCCUUUUUGCAUAGGUCAGCCUCCAUAGGUUUAGUCUCAGUUGUUCACCAUGAAUGAAGCCUCAGAAUUUAACGUGUGACAGGGAAUCCUGUUUGCAUGUCUCAGAGCUUCUGAUUAUACUUCAGGCAUAGAUGUUUUGAGGUGAAGAAACACCAAUCAGUAGACUAAAGGAUGUGUUUCUGAAGUCAUUUUCUGGUGGCUUACUGGACCUCAUCUCUCUCGUCUAUCUCCCUUGUAUGAUCUCAAGAGAAUAUGGAUUUUUUUCCUCACUAGGCACAGGGCUCAGGCUAUAUUGAACUGUCAUUUAGUUCAGAAUUCCAGCAUGAGGGGAGGGAACAUAGACAAGAAGUACAUUGGGAACAAACUGUACUGAAUUUGUGAAUGUCACUUGAGAGACUUGUCCAAUCUGUUUAUCCUGUUCAUGUUUUUAUCCCCCCCCUUUUCUUUUUACAGCACUCUGCAGAACAAUCAGUUGAAAACCGUUCCCAAUGAGGCCAUCAGGGGACUCAGCGGACUACAGUCCUUGUAAGUUUCCUUGAGAAUUCUCUGCUCCUGCAUCUGUUUUCUUCCCUAUUUUCAUCUCUCUCUGAACAUACCUUGCAUUCUGGAAGCUGAAAGCAGCUCAUACAGCUCUGUACAUGAAUAACUCUUAAUUAUUCUAAAUGCAUUUGGAAGAAUAUUGCUCAUGCUGUUUGCAAAUGCAAAACUUUCUAAAACAAUCAGAGAAACUUCACAGUGAGUGAAAGGGGUUUUUAAAUGGAAUUGUUACAGGUGCUUUGUGCUCAUGUGGGGAUACAUGAUCAUAAUCAAUUGGAGUUUUUUUCUAAUGAGCAGGCAAAUAUAUCUUUACAACUACUACAGCCCUGGAGUGGAAAAGGGCUGAAAAUAUUGUGCUUGUGUACUCCUGGUGUGUGAGAGUGUAUGGAUAUAUGAGUGUGUGACUGUGUUUGUGUGAGGGAGAGAGUGUUGUGUGCCUGCGUGUCUGGUGCAUGUGUUUGUGACAGUGAUGUGUGUAGUUUUUGCUUCACCCAUUGCUGGAAUGCAGACUGUCAGGAGACUGACCAAGUUCAAAUUAUUAUUAUCAGUACUACUACUACUACUGCCCUGGACCAUCAGUUCCCAGGGCGGUUUACAACACUUUAAAAUUCAGAUAUAAAAACCAAUAAAACAAAUUUCCCUGCAUCUGGCUGAAAUAGGCCCCACCCUUGAUCUAGUGUGAAGAUAUUAAACAUUUUUUCCAUAGCACUUCAGUCUCAGCCCAGUUCUCUGUCUUUGGAAGGGGAAUUUUCUCAAGUGCAAUUCCUUUGUAAUCCUACUGGGUCAUUAUUGAAGCACAGGACAAAAACACAAAAAAUGUCAUUGAAAAUGUAUGGAUUUGGCUUGAGAGAGAAAAAUAAUUCAUGUUAAGCCUUUUGACCUAUAAUUCAAGUCCUCCAGCACAUUUGUUGAUUCAAAAUGGUCUAAGGAAGUUCAGAAAUGCUUUCAGGUCUGCAAGCUGUUCUGCAAAAGAAGUUCAUUUGCAUUCAACGAUGUAACAGUCUCCAGUCACCCACCACCAACAGAAUGGCUACCAUAGUUUAGGGCUUCCUUUAUUGACAGAAUUAUGCUUCAGCUGCAAAGGCAAGUUUCUGUGUAUAUGUUCUUUAGUAUUUUAUGCAAUUUGUUGUGGCUAACAUACUUUUGUCUUUGAUUUCUGACUAUAGAAUGCAUUGAAAUUGUCCUAAAAUCAGCUAGUUAAAAUCCACACAGCAGAUUAUGUUAUUGGAAGAAGUUUCAUUCAAGACAAGGGUGUUCAACAUUUUCAAGCAAAAAUGAGAAUACCUUAUUGCAUACUAUUGCAAUUGUAUCUUGAUGCACAGCUGGUAAACACCAAAGGCUCUUGCUAUACAGUAUAUCUGAAAGAAAAAGAUAGGAACAAGGAAAGAGGCAGUUUCUGUUAAGGUGGAAGAAGGCUGUUAAUGAUUUUAUAUCCAUUGGAAGUAUGCUGAACAUACUUUGCCAUGACGGACCAGCCUGUCCAAACAAUAGAGCAGUCGUGUCAGUGUGCUCCUGGUAGCUCUGCUCUGUCUGCAGUUAGGGUGGCUUGUUAUCUGCGGCUACUGAACAGCCAUCAAGGACAGCUUCUGUCCUUGUAUUAUAGAAGUCUAGCCUCAAGUUUACAAAGGCAUGAAUGAUGGCUAGAGGAGAUUCAUUUUGGCAACAGCUGUCUCAUCAGCUUGAUUACUGUAUACUGUGUGCUUGGAGGGUGUUCAAAUAUUGUCAGUUGUGGAGCCUGUAAAGGUAAAGGUAAAGGGACCCCUGACCAUUAGGUCCAGUCGUGGCCGACUCUGGGGUUGCGGCACUCAUCUCGCUUUAUUGGCCGAGGGAGCCGGUGUACAGCUUCCGGGUCAUGUGGCCAGCAUGACUAAGCCGCUUCUGGUGAACCAGAGCAGCACACGGAAACACCGUUUACCUUCCCGCCGGAGCGGUACCUAUUUAUCUACUUGCACUUUGAUGUGCUUUUGAACUGCUAGGUUGGCAGGAGCAGGGACCGGGCAACGGGAGCUCACCCCGUCGUGGGGAUUCUAACCGCCGGCCUUCUGAUCGGCAAGUCCUAGGCUCUGUGGUUUAACCCACAGCGCCACCCACGUCCCUGUAGGACUUGCCUAAAAAGAACUUUAAAUGGUUUGAUGCAUGUAGUAGUACUAUAGCAUUAUUAGAAACUGACCUUUUGGGUAAGGAUUUGUUCCAGAUAGAAAUGUUUUGAAAGUAUUUGAGGUGUGCAGUGUUAAAGCAGAUAACUCUUUUACAUGUAAAACACUAGAAAAUAGCUGGUCUCACUCUGUUCUCUCUCCCUCCUUUUCUUUGAAAAAGAUUUACGUAGCUGUCAUCUCAGUCCAAAAUCUUCAAGUUUAAACGUUACUUAGCUGGUUGUCUGGCAGUAUUCCCAACUUUAUAGGAAGGAAGCUUUAGGGGAAUUUUUUCUUCGUGACAAAACGUAUUUCACCACCUCAGAAUUUCAUGAGCAUGGUUUGUGUAUGUACAAAUCAUUUUGGUAGCCCUUGAUGUACUGAGGUUCAGGUUGUCUGAAAAAGACAGUUAAUGUUUUCAUCCUAUCUAAGCUUUUGUUAAAGAGUUUACCAGCUCUCAAUAUUGGCCCAAUUGAUGGCCAGUAAAAAAUGAAAAACACAAUAGCUGUUACUGGUCUGUCAUGGCAAGGUAUGUUCAGCAUAUAAAAAGCUGGUUAUAUCCCAGUGGAUAUAAAACCAUUAACAAUCCUCUUCCACCUAAACCGGAACUGCCUCUUUCCUUGUCCCUAUCUCCUUCUUUCAGAUCUAUAAUGGGAGAGAGUUCUGAAGGGUAGGGGACAUAAUAACGGCCUGCUUCCUAUAUCAUACAGAAUAGACCCCCUGAUAAAAUUGUAUCUGCAGGAAGCCCUCUCAUGCAGAGCGCAGUGAUCUAUUGAGUAUCUAAGGGGUGAGACAAUAUUUUAGGUAUAUUGGCCUUGCCAAUUUCAUUGACAAGUGAGUAAAAGAUUAAUACAUAACCCAAAUGCCAAGAAAGGUUUUGUGGCCCCUUUUAAAAGUGUAAAACUAAACGUGUGUAAUCUGUGUUUGCACUCAUGCACUUGGUCUCUUGUGACACAGUUGGUAACUCCAAGAAGGCCACAGAAUUGAUGUGUUUGCUUCAUAAAGUCACUGCUCGACUGCCAGCUGUGGGAGAGCUAGCAUUUAUUAAAUAGGCUGUAUUGAGCUAUGGCAAGGUCUGCUAUACCUACAAGUAAUACAGCUGGCAUGCCAUACCUACAAGUAAUACAGCUGGGGAAGUGCUUGUUAACUCAAGAGUGGAUUUGUUGUCCUUGCCAUGAUGCAAUUUCUGUUGUAUCCAGCCUUAUCAGUGCUCCCCUCUUAAAUCUAAUAACUACUUUGCAGUCAUUGGAGUGAUUUCCUUGUGGUUUUUGAAGUAGCACUUAAAAAGAACAAAGUUCACUCCAGACGUCUGUUGUCCUGAAGCGGUUUUAUCUCAAAUGUACACUCUGAGAUGACGGCUUGUGUCAAUAUCUCCUGUUUCACUGCUGGAAUAAUGCUAUUAGAUUUCCUGAGCCAUGUAAAUACUGUACCACAGCAGCAAAGCAAAUGAAGAGAGUAAUGAGAGAUUAAAUCGCAGGCCACAAGAGUGAACAGAACAAUCUACUGAGAAUAGAGAACACAUACGUGAUCUUAAUGUACUCAUUCCCCUCCAUUGUACUCUAUAACAUCAUUUACAACAUCCUCCUAAUUCUUUUGAGACAGAACUGGCAGGCUGUAGUGCUGCACAAAUGGAAAUUGUGAUGUGUUAUGCGUGCGUCAUAAUCUCAUUCAGUUGUUGUGUUGUUUUAGUAAUUCUUGAUUUUUAUCUGCUGCUUUAUAUUUGCUGCUACUUGGUUUUGAGCAAUACUUUAAUAUUUAAGUAUACUAUUAUUUGUUGUUGUUAUAUGCCUAUAUGCCAGUUUGGAUACUCAAGUCCACAAGCCACUCAUAAAUUAGUAUAUUCCUAUUGCUUCCUUGGACGCGGGUGGCGCUGUGGGUUAAACCUCAGCACCUAGGACUUGCCGAUCACAUGGUCGGCGGUUCGAAUCCCCGCGGCAGGGUGCGCUCCCGUCAUUCGGUCCCAGCGCCUGCCAACCUAGCAGUUCGAAAGCACCCUUAAGUGCAAGUAGAUAAAUAGGGACCGCUUACUAGCGGGAAGGUAAACGGCGUUUCCGUGUGCGGCUCUGGCUUGCCAGAGCAGCUUCGUCACGCUGGCCACGUGACCCGGAAGCGUCUGCAGACAGCGCUGGCUCCCGGCCUCUAGAGUGAGAUGAGCGCACAACCCAGAGUCUGUCAAGACUGGCCCGUACGGGCAGGGGUACCUUUACCUUUAUUGCUUCCUUUACUGCUUCAGAAAAACAUCUUGCUGUUGUAACCUUCAGUGAACUUUCCUGAUGUGUCAUUCCCUGCUUUCUCCUUGCUUGCACAUGCUCUGGGGCGGGAGGAGCAGACUACUAUCGCAAGCUCCUAAAUCUCAGUAUCGGUGGUUACUAGCAAUGAUAACUAUGUUCUGCCUCCAUUGUCUGAGUCAGUUUGCCUCUGAAUAACAGCUGUUGGGAAUCACAAGUGGAGGAGAGCACGGAUACCCUCAGGUCUUGCCUACAAGAUUCCCAUAGGCAUGUGGUUGGCCAACAUAGGAACAGAAUGCUGUACUGGGUAGCCUUUGGUCUGAUCCAGCAGGAUUCUUCUUAUGUUCUCAGUACAUUCAGGAAUAAUUUUAAUGUUCUGUCUUCCAUAAGAAAUAUAUGAUGCUUACUUUGUUCUUGCUCCACUGACCAUUUUAUGUGUUUGAAUUAAAGUGUGAAAUGAGACCUGAUAAGUAAAAAUAAUAGCAAUUAAUAUGAGUGUGUGCCCAGCAAGCAUGAAUUUAUAGACCAGAAUUUGAAAUAGAUUUCUUAUAAGCAAAUAUCCAAAUGGGAAAGCUGGAGCCUGGAGCACUUCUUAUGAAAAGAAGAGGAAUCUGUUUCCUCCUUAAUGGAUAACUAAAGCAGACAUUUGUAAAACUGCUGCAACAGCAAUGAGGAAAUAUUACUUGCUUGGUAACACUAUAUAGCAGGGACGAGGAACCCUUUUUGGUUUGAUGGGCUCAGUCCUUAUCAGGAUCUCCCUUGCUGUCCAAAUUUGUCAGGUGGGUGGGUCCACCCAUCAGUUAACAGCACAAUGAUGUCAGCUACAAGAUGUUUUGUAGUCCCAAAGACAAUGUCGUUGCUAAAACGAAUUGUGUCCCCCACCCUCUGUUUUAGAAGGUCUAUGCAAGCCCCUUCCUGAAGCAUUGAAGUAUAUGAUGUAGGUGUGCCCAGUGUUGCACUGUUUGGGGGCUAUUGUCUGUAUCAGUUUUGUACUUGCAAAAUCUUUCAUAUUUGCGCAUGUGCAUGUACUUUUAAACUAUAUCCCUAUAGUAUGGAGAUUUACAACAGGACAGCGGAAGUGGAUUUAGCAAGCCAUUAUGGUUGCUAAGAUACUUUGAGCCUCGAAGGAUAAACACCCACCAUCUAUUAUGCAAUGACAUGAGGACCUCACUGUCAUUGCUACGUUGGAAUUCAUUUCCUAUAAAGGCUCUGGAAACUUAUGAGGAAGGGUUUAUGAGGAAUGGCCUUAUGAGGAAGGGUUGAGGGAAUUGGGCAUGUUUAACCUGGAAAAGAGGAGAGUGAGAGGAGAUAUGAUAACCAUAUUCAGAUAUCUAAAGGCCUGUCACCUGGAAGAUGGAGCAAACCCCCCCCCCCCCACUCUGGAGGGUAGGACUCAAACCAAUGAAUUCAAGUUACAAGAAAGGAGAUUCUGACUUAAAACAUCAGGAAGAAUUUUCUGACAGUAAGAGCUGUUCAACAGUGAAACAGACUCUCUUGGGAGGUGGUGGGCUCUCCAUUGGUUUUUUUUAAGCAGAGGUGGAUGGCCAUCUGUCAUAGAUGCUUUAGUUGAGAUUCUUUCAUUGCAGGGGGUUGUACUAGAUGACCGUCAGGGUUCAUUCCAGCUAUAAUUAUCUGAUUCUAUAAUUCUAUAUGAAUACUUAUUUGGAUAUCUGGGUGACUCUUAACAACUUGCGUGUUGAAUUUAAGAUGGAUGUAAUGAUUACUGCAUCCUUAAUGUGAGAUGGCGGUGGUUUUUGUUUUUCUUUCUCCUUCACAUCUUUAUUUUUCUUUAGUUUAUCAGAGCAGAUUUAGUCAAAAUAUAGAACCUGCAUUACUAGCUCUGGAGAUGUGCUAAACUACUUCAGCAAAGAAGCAUGCUAAAUACAUUAGUUUUGUAAGAUUUUUGUUGUUGUUGUUCUUCGGCAUUAUGCAUCUCUUGUGUGCUGAGAAAAUUUAAAAAUAGAAUUCCCCUAAAGUCAGUGUGGACUUUUGCCUGCUGACACUGGGAAGAAGGGAUGAGAGAGACGAAGUAAGCACCAUCCACUCCUUCCUUUAAAAUAGGAUAAAUGCUAAGAUGCUUUUCAGUCAGCUGUAAUAUAAGCUCAUCCAUAUUAGCUCUUGCUAAGUACAUAAGGGAAGCAGCUCUUUUUGUGUAGCACAAUGCAUUGGGCUUUAAGGAACCAUUCCGUAAUAACAUACUCAUAUUUUAUCCGAUUUUUUUUUUUUAUUGCUCACAAUGGCUACUGCCUUCAAAAUGAAGAAUUCAUGUGUCGUUGCUAAAAUUGACCUGUUUUGGGAAUAAAGUCCUUGAUCCUUGAGAAGCAGUCACUACAGACCUCAUCCAUGCUACUAGACUAAUACUGGUUUCACAACAGCUUACUAUCAUGGCUUCCAUAAACAAUCCUGGAAAUGGUACUUUGCUAAAGGAUUGACUGCCUACAAUUUAGCCAUAGAUGAGCAGUAAUUUUGCUGACAAACUCAACAGGGUUUCACAUAGGAGUCUUAUCCAUCCCUACCUGGAGAUGCUAGUGGUUGAACCUGGCACCUUUUGCUUGCAAAGGACAUGCUUUAUCACUGAGCUAUAGCCUUUCCUCAGUGUUGUGAAUUUCUUAGCUCUCUUUUUACUUUAUUGUGUGUUUCCAUAAUUUCUGGAAUUAUGAGAUGGUCUUUCUCACCAAGAUGACUUGUACCUGCCACAAGGACUAAAACUGCAUAAAAGAUGUAUAGUAAAGAUAUUUUUAUGGUACUGCUGUAACAAUAAAUAUAAAUUAGCAUAAUGAAGCCUAUACAAUGCAAAGAUAGAGCUUUCUCACUGAAAUUAUUUUCUGCUACCAGUUCAAGUUGUUUUUAGCAGAAUAUUAUAUGACAAAGUUCUAAUAUAGAAAAUCGCUUUAAAAAUUCUGUAAAGAUACUAUAACAACUACCUCAUGUUCUUAAACCUAGAGCUACCUUGUUCUUCUAUUCAUUUUCAAAUUAUGUUGAGAGACUGGAGACACAGAGCUCAGGUCAGCUUCUGUUUACAGUGAAGAAGAAGUGAAAUUAUUACGGAAGGUGGCUUUGCUACUGCAUAGACUUAAACGUAGUGCCCAGUGAAUCAGUAAAUAGUUGUGCAACUACCCAUUUGUAAAUUCUAGGUGUAUGCUGUUCAGCUGUUUCUACUGAGCAAAGGCGUUAGCUGAUAGAUAACAUGCACAAUGUGCAUAACUUAUUCCCUUUUUUUCUGGGUUGUGCUGAUUUGCAUGUUCAUUUGGCUCAUGAUGAUCUAUAUUCAGUUUUAGCUGAUGCUCCCACAACUUUCAUGCUCCCCCCACCCUUAAAACUUUUAAAAUACGUUGAUGUGUAUACUCUAUACAUUUUGCAAGGUGUUAAAUAUUCAUAUUCUUUUAUCUUCAGGCGCUUAGAUGCUAACCACAUUACUGCUGUCCCAGAAGACAGUUUUGAGGGCCUCGUUCAACUGCGACACCUGUGGCUGGAUGAUAACAGUUUGACUGAAGUCCCUGUUGUUCCUCUCAGCAAUCUUCCAUCCCUGCAGGCCUUAACCUUGGCUCUCAACAAAAUAACCAGCAUCCCUGAUUUUGCUUUUACAAAUCUCUCAAGCCUCGUUGUCCUGUAAGAAUUUGCAGCUUGUUAUUUUUCUGAAUACCUACAGAUUUUGUUGUGCUGUAUUAAGUACUUUAUUGCCAUUCAUAUAGUAGAAAAAUGGCUGCUGGAAAACAUUAGCAUGUAUGAUUGUGCGCAUUUAUAGCAGUGGUAGUAUACACAUGUGCUGUACGUAGGAUCUUGUUGCUUGAACCAAGUGGUCAUCAGAACUGACUUUGAUAGUACAACUCCCUUUUCUUUUAUUCAGUGUGAGGGGACUGUGUCUUUAAAUGUUGGUCUCCCCAUCCCUGCCUUAGUGAUCAACACUGACAAUUUGGCACAUAUAUGGUACAGAAAUGCAUUGCGCACAUUUCCCAGCUCUUGGGUGUGCGCCUUUGUGAAGCAUGCUUGCACUGGGUUGUGCAUCCAAAAGGGCAACCAAAAUUCCAAAUGAGUUUGCUAUUGGGCUCUCUGCCAAGCUUUAUUUAUUUAGUAUUUUUGAGAGAGAGAAUUCCCAGAAGCUCUUUGGUUCAAGCGCCAAUGCAAAAGACAAGGAAAGGGAAUCUCAUUGGCUGUUUAUGGUUCACAUGAUCAAUCCGUUUCAGUGAUGGGUAGCAAGGAAGCAGACGUGAAUGAAUUCUUGUAGAUCUGUGAUGUUUGCGUGGGCUGUGCAGGAUCUUGUUCAUGUGUUACAAUCUGCUUGGCUUCCAUGGGUCCCACUACAAGACUGAGAUGAUUUAAGUGGGAUGGGUGUGGGAGAUAGCACCCCUGCCAUUCAAGGAAAAAAGACAAAAUCUGGUCACUUUCUAUACAGUUCCCUGGUAAGAGUAAGGUGUGCACAAAAACAGAACUCUUCUAUUGUCAAUUUCAGAAUCUGAAGGUAACCUCUAUCACUUAGGAACUGCAUUCUUAAGAUGGGGAAUGCAGGGUGGGGUUCAAAAUCAUUAGCUUGCCAGUUCUGCUACCUUGCUCAACAACAAAAGGGGGUUUGUGUAUUAGCAACCUAUCAGCCUGGAUGUUCCUUGUGAGUGCAACACAUUUUUUGCUAUCAAGUAAAGCUAUUUUUGGAACCUUAGCUCUUACAUAGUGAUUCCUGUGGUUAAUAGAUUACCCCUUCUGCUUUUUUUCCCCCAGGCAUCUCCAUAACAAUAAAAUAAAAACACUGGGACAUCAUUGUUUUGAUGGAUUAAACAACCUAGAAACCUUGUAAGUAUCCUGCCUUUGGGGCUCUGUGAUUGAAUAAAGCACAUUACAAAAGACUUGAUGGCAUUGAAUAUUGAGAUUAAGAUUUGUUAAGGUUUUGCUUUAUAAUUAUGAUGUUAUGGUAAUCAGUUGUAUUUACUUACAUAUACAAAUAUGCUUAAUGCUUUGUUGCACAACCCUGAGCUGGUCACAUCACAACUUGCCUUUCUUUCCCAAGGUUUCCAGUGUGGGCAGAACUUUUGGCAGCAGAGCUGGGGGAAAUUAUCUUUUUUUAAAAAAUAGUUUCCCAAUAUUAUUCCAAUAAUAGCCCCAUUAUAACAAUGCCAAUUCAUAUCCAAUUAAUACAAUUCUUAAUACAAAUUGAUCAAAUACCAGAUUAUAAAUUUUAGUUUAAAGUGGCCCCCAUGUGCUAGAUUUGAUGGCUUCCUAAUUUUUUUUCUGUGUUCCAAAAUCUUAUUAAUUUCAGUUACGUUCCAGUUAAAAUUAUAAUCCUUUAUAAAGCAACUGCAACUUUGAUGAUUUAUAUUUGUGUUGUUACAUUAAGUAAUUUAUAAAAUACAAUGUGUCUGUUUUAGAUUGCUUUCAAAUUGACUGUUAUAAGUUUUUAUAAAUGUCUGAUUAUGAAGAAGCUCUGUGAUUUCUCUAGCUCUGCUUUGAAAAAAAUUGUACCAAAAAACUGGUUUGUUUUUGUUUUACUUUGAGGAAAUAGAUUAAUACCAAGAACUUCAUAAUAUUAAAGAUGCUGUUCUUUUCAGAGACUUGAAUUAUAACAACAUGGCAGAGUUCCCUGAAGCAGUAAAAGCACUUCCAAGCCUAAAAGAGCUGUGAGUAUUAUUGUGGCUUCCUUACGUAUUUCGUUUUCUCUAACAUAAAAACACUAAACAAAACUCCAGGUUUAAAGAUGUUGUCUCUCUCACUUCCUGGCAAUCUAAAAUGGGGAACAGCUUGUUUGGGGAUCUUCCAGGUACUUUCCCUGAAAGCUACAUGUUUUGAUGAAAGCCUCUUGUCUUCUUACUCAUGAAGAUAGAAUGAAACAAUGUGCAUGCAGUUUUCUUUGCAGUUAGAUGUAAGCCUGAUCCUGGCUUGCAGCAUCUUGGCCAGUGUUUGGUCUAAUGAGAGUUUCCAUGUGGUGGGAGUCCACAGGAUGCCACCAAGCUUGCGUGGAAGUUGUCCUUCAUGUGAACUAGCAUCUUCACAUGGAUAGCCUGUAACAGCCACCUCAAUUCCUGUGAUUUCAGUCACGCUUUGCCACUCUUUGUAAGACUCUGACCAUUAAAGUGUUAUUGUUCUUUCUCUAAUUUUUGUUUUUAGGGGAUUUCACAGUAAUUACAUUUCCAUGAUCCCUGACAAUGCGUUUGUAGGAAACCCACUUCUUCGUACUAUGUAAGUUUUUUUGGUUUUUUUAAAAAACAGUGAUUACAUUUUUUUGUUUAACGGAUCAGGAAGUGAUUAUAUGAACUGACAAUUUGUCUUCUUAAAUGUUUUCACUCUAGACAUCUGUUUGAUAACCCAUUAUCCUUUGUUGGGAACUCAGCUUUUCAAAACUUGUCAGAUUUGCAUUCCCUGUAAGUACCCUUUCACUAUAGUAUGAUUGUAUCCUUUGUCAGCUCCAUUAAAAAGUAACUAUAAAAAUCUUUUAAUUGUAUUAUUAUUAUUAUUAUUAUUAUUAUUAUUAUUAGACUUAUAUACUGCCCUUCAUCCAAAGACCACAAGGCUGUUUACAACAUAAAAACACAAAUUAUAUAACAUAACAACAAAGAACAAACAGAAACACACACCCCCACAAAAAAAUAUAGGUGCCUUUCCCCUCAACUGACUGGGGGAGGGGGCUCAUAGUGGACAGCCCCAUCAACUCUUUUUCUGCUCUUGGCGUGUUCCUGUAACUAUGUUAUCUCUUGAAAGAGAAAAAGCCUGGAGCAAGACUAAAAUAAGCACACUUUAAAUCAUUAUAGUAAGUUCCAGUUUUGGUGGUUUGUUUAGUAGUCUUAGGGAGGCUAUUACGGGAAAGCUGGUAAAGGUUUUGCUUACAGUGCAAAACCAGAAAACAACAACAAGAGCACUCCCAAAUUUAUAAUUAACAUCAACAGUGCUGAUAAUAUCUGUUACACAAGAAUGAUGAUGAAGAAUUAGCAAUGGAGUUGCAAGACUAAAGUUGUGCAGUAAAGACCACUGGGGAAAGCACCAUCAUGCAAGAUACAGGGAGAUCAUGUUUGCAGCAUGGAGAAACAUGUAUGAUUCUAAAAGAUCUAUAAGUUCUGUAGUUUAACUGCUAUAGGGCAUGGCUUAAUAGAAGUUUGGCAAAUACUUAAUCACAUAAAUUGUUUGACAGCAUCCUAAUGUAUAUAUUUUAUACAAAAGCCAUUGAUUUCCCUGCUAAAUUAUUGUUUUUUAUGGUUGAUACCAAAUACUGUAGGCAGGCAGUAUUUAACAAUUUCCAGCUAGGAGAUCAGAAGAAGCUGCAGACCUAGUGCUAAGACCUUAUAGACCAGGGGUCAGCAACCUUUUUUAGCCAUGGGCCAGUCCGCCAUCCCUCAGACCAGGUGGUGGGCCGAACUAUAUUUUGGAAAAAAAAUAUGAACGAAUUCCUAUGCCUCACAAAUAACCCAGAGAUGCAUUUUAAAUAAAAGCACACAUUCUACUUAUGUAAAAAUACCAAGCAGGCCCCACAAAUAACCCAGAGAUGCAUUUUAAAUAAAAGGACACAUUCUACUCAUGUAAAAACACAUUGAUUCCCGGACCGUCCACAGGCCAGAUUGAGAAGGCGAUUGGGCUGCAUCCGGCCCACGGGCCUUAGGUUGCCUACCCCUGUUAUAGAGCAAUGUCAACUCAUUAUGUAUUCUGUGUACCAGAACCCUUUCAGACACUGUUUAUGUUCAUGACUAAUGGUGGAAGCCGAUGCUGCCAUUCCAUUUACGUAGUGGCUUUUGAUCUGGCACCCACCUCUGCUAAUGUAAGAGAAGAGGAGGUGAUUCCUCCCUCCUUGUUGCAGCCUCUGUGCCCCACUUUCCUGAAAAACUGUUCCCGGGGGAUCCCCAGAACAGCAUGGAAGCAGGAAGGAAGGGGAAUCUGAGAAAGUCCUCUCUUCCCUUGUUACAUUAGCAGAGGAACUUGCUGGAUCAAAAUCCUUUUUUGCAAGUAGAAUUGAAGUACUGCCACCUCAGAAUGACUCCCAACUUAGCGUAAAAAUGGGAUUUGGCUUAGAUGAGUCUCACAGCUUCACUUAAUCUGAGACCUAAUGUGUCUUGGUUGUAUUACUUGGCAGUGACCAUGGCACAAAUGUGGUUAUUCUUUAGAAGUGCUGUGCUCCGUUUGUAGGUUUCUUGUGUAUUUAUGAAUAAAAGAAAAGCUCAUCUUCCUCAUUCCGGUAUUAAAUUCUCAGAAAGGAUGUAGUAGGGCCUACACCAGAGGAAAAAGCAGAGUCGAGGUGGGGAAUCUUUAGUCACAGAGGCCCACUUUCCCUUGGCAGGGAUGGGAAGAAUCCUUGGGGUCUGCACACUGCUGGUGGCUGCAGACAUAGAAUGCUUACACAUAUCAUUCAUUGUCUUUCUCACCCUCACACACACUCUGCAUUACUUACUUACCACUUUCUCUUUCUGCUCUCUCACAAAUCCACACAUGGGAAUUUAACAUGUACGUCAGUGUCUUGACUGUGAGCAAGGAAGCUGUCUUGGCAACCAGACCAUAGUAUCAACGACAGAGCAGUCCAUUGGCAAGAGUUCAGAUUUUGAACAUAAUUCUGAGUAGAUGACAAACACAUUUUUCAAUAUUUUGUGUGGGUUGUUUCCCCCCCCCAAAAAAAAAUAAAAGCCUUUGUAAACCAUUUAAUAUUUCAAACAUUUCUAAGCUGUGCUUAGAGAUUUGUACAUUGAGAUGUGAUGAAAAUGUCAUUAAGUCUAGCAUGGAUAAAUGUAAGUGGAAAUGAGAUUAGAUUGGUAUGAACCUUUAAUGAAAACCUCUAUUCACAUAGCACAUAUCAUUGGCUAUGUAUGACCUCCAGUGCUGUGCCUCUGUAGGCCUCUGAAUACCAGUUGGUGGGAAUCACAAAUGAGGAGAGUACUAUAGUACUCAAGACCUAAUUUUAGGCUUCCCAGAGGCAUCUGGAAGGCCACUGAGAACAGGAUACUGGACUUGAUGGGCUUUUGUCCUGACCCAGCAGGGCUCUUCUUGUGUUCCUUCUAUCCACUAAAGCAACAGUGUGUGUCAUCGUAUUUCUUCUUCUCCUUCAGGGUCAUUCGUGGCGCCAGCAUGGUACAGUGGUUUCCUAACUUAACAGGAACCACCAAUCUGGAAAGCCUGUAAGUAUCUUCUACCAAACUAUUAAUGAACAAUAACUAAUUCUAAUGGUUAGAUUCUCUUUUAAGGAGAACAUUUAAAAUUAAUUUUAUUGCUGAGUUUUGGAGAUGGGACUUCCUUAUCCAUAUGUUUAUGUCACAUGAGCCCAUUUCAGGCAUACUUCCUCCCAUGCAGUUAUCAUUAUGUGCAAGGGAGAGUGGGAAUUAAUCCAUUUGCUUCCUCCCCUCAUGUGGGGAGCUUUCCUGUACAGAAAAGGUUCCCUGCUGCAGAAGUUCCUUUCCCAGCACAUGAAAAUCAAAUGAAGCCAGGAACAUGAUGGAGGUGGACGGGGCCAGUGAGUUCAUUCACUCUCCUCCUCAUUGGAUGAAGCUUGGAAACAUGAAGAAGGCUAAGCUUUAUCUAAGCUUAGGGUAUGCAGUUAGUUGCAGAGAAAGCAAAGCAUAUGUAAUUCUUCCUAAUGAUGUAGGAUAUGCACAUGGUUAAGCCUAACAUCGUUAUUUUUAAAAUACUUUUCUGAAAGAGCAAAUGAAAAAAUGCUAUCACUGUUUCUUUAACUAUUGCCCUAUUUUUAAUCUGUUUCAGCUUUGUUGAAUCAACACUGCUAGGGCAUUAGUCAAAGGCACAUGUAUUUUAAAAAUGUCCUUUACUGUGUUCAGAAAUAAGUGAUUGAGUCCUAACUUUCUAGGAUAGUUGCGUCUUCAUUUUAAUAAUUCUGGCAAUUAUUAUGAAUCAAAGUUCAUUCACAUGCUUCUGUUUUAUUAAACAGGACUUUUACAGGCACCAAAAUAAGCAGCAUCCCCACUGAUCUAUGCCAAGAACAAAAACUGCUUCGGACUUUGUAAGUAGAAACCUCUUGGUCCUACUAUAAAACCACAAAAGUAAAAUAUACAAUUUAUAUCAAUGUUUAUUAGCACAUCCCUUAUAAGGAGCAGUAUGUGCUAUAGAUUUUAUAUGAGGGAAAUGGAGCAUAAUAACCUAAAAAGUCAGAAUUGAGCAUGUCAGUUUAAAACCACGCAGAUCAGACAUCCCUGCUAUGAGUCAUUUGUUUCAGUUGCCUUGUUUUCACAUCACUCUAAGCCAAACUGGAGCUUACUGGGACCGCAUGAAUGGGCAGGCUCUUGUAGAGACUUGCUAACUCCCUGGUCUGUGUGUUGCUGCAUCCUCUUAGGGAUGCAAAUGCCCUCCUCCUACUCAUCAGUUUGAGCCUCUGUUAAAAAAGGAGGGAGCAAUAAUCCUUCACUGCUGAUCUGCAGACAUCAGCUCAGGAUAGGUGGCCUGUGCAUGUGUAUAUGGUGUGUGUGAAUGCAAGAGUGGCUAAACCCACUACUGAUACGCAGCUCCUGGAGAGUUGACUAAUGGUGACUGCAGCCCUUAUGAAUUUGAGACUUUAGUUUCAAUUGCUUUUGUAAACUUCCUGAUCAUAUCCCACAUCUAUACUAUCUUUUAAGCUGAAAUUGUUCGAAAAACUUUAGAGAAGGCAGCCCACUUUCUUUGGAAAACAGCUAGUGGGGAAAUAGAUUGUUAUAAGAAUGUUGGGAGAGGAAGAUUGACCAUAUAUUUGUGACACUGAAUUAGAAGCAGUAUACCUUCAUACAAAAUGAUAAAAGUAACCUUUUCCUUUUGUUUCCUUUACAAGGGAUUUAUCUUAUAACAACAUAAAACAACUUCCAAGUUUUAAAGGUUGCAGUUCCCUGGAAGAAAUGUGAGUAUAGAGCACUCCCAGUCUAAUCUGAUUCUCUCCCCACCCCCACGCCCCGCGCCUGAAUCUGUGCCACCAGAAAUGAAACUCUAUAGCUUGUCUACAACUGAUAGCAAGAGGACAGUAUUUCAAAACAGGCAUUCCUUGUUUUCGCCCUAAGUUAAUGUUUUGUGACCAGAGUGGGAAGUGUACAAAGUGGUGAUAGAUGUUAAGUCCUCUCAUUACUUCAUUGCCUUUUGGUGCAUUUCUACUUCUCUUUUGUCAUUCUUGCUUCCUCCUCGCUCUCUAUUUGCCCCAGUGGCUUCUAGACUUCGGCCUUUAUUCAAUUUUUGACUUGUGUCUGGGUGGUGUGUGUGUGUUUUAAGCAACUGUUAAGGCCCCUUCGCCUUGUGCUUCUUGCUACAUUUACUGAUGUUGUGGUAUCAUAAGAGUUGGGGGGAACCUUGUAGGAUAUAUAAUAUAAAUGCCCUACCUGAUGCACAAAAUCCAGAGCUCAAUGAUCCCCGACAAAUGUCCAAACUCUGUUUAAAGAUCUCCAGUAACCAAGAGCCCACUACCCUGCUAUGUAAAAAUGUUUCCAUUGUCAAACUACUCUUACCACCAAAUCUGUCCUCUUGAAACUUAAGCUGUUGGAUGUAGUUCUGCCCUCUGCAGAAACAGAGAAUAAAUCUUUACCCUUUAUGGAGGUGCUUAAAAAAAACACCAACCUCACAGAACUUGUAUUGUUACCUGUCUUCAUUGAUUUCCUCUGAACACAUUCAAUUUGUCUACCUACUUCUUCAAGUCUGCUGCUCUGAGCAGGAGACAGUACUCCAGUUGAGGUCUAACUAGCGUGGUUUUGCAAUAAGCUCCAAGUCCACUUCAUGCUAUUACUGUGUUGCUAAAUCAGACUUUCGCCUCGUAUCUUGCUUUAUGCUCUUUUCCUUGAACUCCUUCUGUUUCUUUCUUCCCCUCCUGCCUUUCUUUCGGUCUUCCACAGUGUCUUUCACUUAAUCAUUCAUUAAUAAUUUGAAGUUAAUAAAUUAAAAGUGGGGGUUGUUCCUGUCAGGAUAGAAUGCAGUGCCAUGACUGUGCUGCCUUUUGGUGAAAAUCCUUCUCUGUGUAACUAAUUUGCAUAUUUCAGAUCUUUGCAGCAUAAUCAAAUUGAAGAAAUCAAAGACGAUAUAUUCCAGGGGCUGACUUCUCUACGUACCCUGUGAGUCUAUUCUCUUUACAAAUGCUUUUAUUUUAAGUGAAAUGUUGGAAACUAACAGUUGCAUUCAAUGUUGCUAGUCAACGUACAGUUAACCACAGCAAGGCAAUCAUUUGUAAAAUAGCUCUCAGCCCAACCGAUCCAGCACUCCUCAAAAUGUUUCAUUUUAUUUUGUCCCUCCUGUCCCAAUGCUUAAUUUAGGCAUCUCCCACACAUAUGCACUCCUUUCUCCUCCAAUUUAAAACCACAUCCACAAAUCAGUAAAGCCAGAUGGUUUGCUGAAAUGUCACCAUAGACAGGAGGCAGCCUUCAGAUGGGUUUUAUCCACUUCUAGUUCUGAGCUCACAUAAGUGCCAUAGUUUAUUUCCCCUUAAAAAUAAAUUAGAAUGAGAUUAAUAUUUCAUCCGUUAUAUUGUAAGCCACUUUGAAUGCAUGUUGCAUAUGUGGCAGUUACAUACCAAAACAAACUUUAUAAAAUUUAUGUUGCGUGGGUGUAUUGGUUUAAAUUCACCCUAGAAAAUUAGGGGAGAAGGAGGCUGCAGUAUUGAUGGCAGGACAGUGGCCAGGAAGUGGGUGCUGUAGGACUUGCAAAGAUCACUGGGGUGAGAGCUUGCUUAGGUAAGAUACUGCAAGUUUUUGAUGAGAGAACACAGAAGUGGAUCACUGUUUGGGAGCAACAGAUGCUGUAUUGCAGAGUGGAUCUGCCCCAUUCAUUACACAGAAUAACAAACCUAAAACAAUAAACAAGCAAUACUAAUCUUAAAACAAUAAGGUAAUCACAGUAUUAGGCAGCAAAAUGAAUUGCAAAGGGCCCUCAGAGUUGCAAAGGGCCCUCUCCCACAUCUUCAUAUAAAGUAUAGAUCCUGAAAGUGGGAGGGGAGCCUCUGUGAAAGAUCUUAAUCCAAUAGUUCAUGCCAAACUGGGAGGGGGAGCUAAUAUCUCAGAAGACAGAAUUAGGAUUCAAUAUGACCUUAACUGAUUGGAAAACUGGGCCGUAACAAAAUGAAUUUCAGUACGGAAUGUAAGGUUAUUCCUUAUCAGGGUCAAGGAUUUGUCCCAGGGAAGAGAGGUAAUGACAUGGAGUCAUCUGAAAUCAAAUUUAGGUAGCUGGGCCUGGCACCUGGAGAAAAGAGAGCAAGUAGACCUUUAUAGUGCCAUACUGGAAGGCCAUGGUCCACCAAGCCUUGUUUCUCAGUUUUCCAGUGAAUAAAAUGCCCUUAAGAGAACUGUGUCAAGAAAAUUGGUCAUUAUGACAUUGUAAAAUACAGUUAAUUUGCAAGUUAUUUAUGUUUGUUAGAAAUUUAGUAUGACCUGAAACACAAAGUAAUCACUGAAGUGCAAACAAUAGCCAUUUAGGGAUGUCAGUAUAAAUCACUAACACAAUAGCACCUCUUUAAAUUGCAGUGAUCUCAGCAGAAAUUUGAUCCACCGAAUUGACAAGGAAGCAUUUACUUUGCUGGGUGCUAUUACCAACCUGUAAGUAGACCAUUUUUAGAACAGUGCAAGUACCAUUUCUCCUUCUCGAAAAUAUCCACUUCUGUUUCCCAUAAUGCCUUAAACCCUCAUUCAGCUGGCAUCCUGAAAGAGCAAAAAGUACCAUGUUCUUGCAGCAUACAAGAAAACCAGCUACUCACAUCACAGCUUGAUGUGUGUUGGUGUAAAAAGAAUGCCACUCAGCCUGUGAAACUUAGAGUAAUUUUGGUCUUCUCUCGCUUCUUGAUCCCCUUUGUAUGCAGCUCCCGUAUUUGCAAAAAAAACACAAAAAAAACCAAAAACAGAAACAGUGAGUGAGUCAUUUCCAGGGAACUUUCAAAGUCAUUCAAUAUCUUGACUUUGCAUAUGGAACAACCAAGCAGAAUAUGAUUUAUAGUGGAGUUUUAUACAAAUAUUAGUAUGCAUUCACAUUUUUAGCAACCUGGAGAAAUGAAGAGCAUUUCUGUGACUGUUGCAUGCAUAAGACUGGAAGGAGAGCCCUGCUGGAUUAGACUAAAAGGUCCAACUAGUCCUGCACCCUCUUUCCUAAUGUUGCUUCCCAGAUACCUCUGGGAAGCUGACAAGCCGAUCAUGAAGGCAAUAUCCCUCCCCUGUUGCUGCUUUCUCCCAUCAGCUGGUUUUCAGGGCCACAAAGUUGUUGAAACAAGAAGUUGUACAUACCAUCUUGAAUAAUAGCCACUGAUGGACCUUUCCAUGAAUUUGUCUAAUCUCCAUUUCAAGCAGUUGAAGCUGGUGGCCAUCACAAUAUCUUCUGGCAGCAAAUUCCAUAAAUUAUUUGCUAUGAGAAAUACUUCGUUUUGUCUGGUGGGAGUUUCAGGAUGAUAUUCUUCAUUGGGUGACCCAAUUUUCAGUAUUAUGAGAAGGGAGAAAAAUGUCGGCCUCCACAUCAUGCUUAAUUUACCGUACUUCUGUCGUGCCCCUCCCCUUAUGCUGCUGCUCCUAGUCUUUCUGUCUUCUAUUUAGUGACUACUGCAUCUAGACAAAUACCUGCAUUGGGCAGCUGUGCUUUGCUAGGCUGGCAACUUGGCUUGGCCUAUAACAGCCAUUCCCUUUUGAAAUAGUUGCAUAGAAAGAUAAUAGAUAUUUAAAAGCCAGCUUCCAGAUUCGUCUGAAGAUGGUGAUGGCUGGCUUAACUUCUGUUGACAUUUGGAAAAUCUAGAAAAUGGUGCAACAAAGGGAAGAGCAUUGUAUCUCAAAGGAGGAGACCCAGGUUCAAUUUCCUGCUCAGACAUGAAGCUUACUGGGUGACCUUGGGCAGAUCUCCAUUUUUAUUUUUUUUUUAAUUACUAGAACAUUUAUAUCCAACUUUUCCUCCAAGGACCUCAAGGUGCUGUAGUUUUCUCCUCCUCAGUCUAUCUUCACAACACCCACAAAGGGUAGGGUAGGCUUAGGAGACUGUAGGAUUUUGAACCCUAGUCUCCCAGGUCAUAGUCCAACACUCUAAGCACUAUAUAACAAUGCCUCUGCCCCUCUCAUCAUCUCUCAGGUGAACUUGCUUCUCAGGAUUGUUAUGGGCUAUCAUCAUUUAUGAUACCCUAAGGUUAUUUUUGGAGGAAGGGAAUACUGAUUUCACAAUACUGCUUAGAGAUCCAGCAGCAGUGUGUUCCACUCAUCCAGCAAGCAAAAUGGCUAGAUAUAUUUUUAAUUUUAGAUUUGCAUAUUCAAGUAUUUAAAAUUUAUGUGGUCUAUUUUCCCCUCACACUUGGUUUUUCUGUCAUCCUUUUAGAGAUUUAAGUUUCAAUGCAUUGACUUCAUUUCCAACUGGAGGCCUGGCUGGGUUAAACCAGCUUAAACUUGUAGGCAAUACAGAACUGAAAGAAGCUUUGGUGGCAAAGGACUUUGUAAAACUCAGGUAAGUCAGUAACUGGGUCAAUACACCCUGGAUUUAUCUUACUGCCCCAAAAUAAAGUCAAUCCAGCUGGCAGUUGCUCUUGCAUUUCUCAUUAAUAGGGCUGUGCGGUAAACCAAAUACAUUUAACUUCCACAUAGAAAAUUAUGGCUUAUAUAUGAUGACUAAAUCCAGUGCUCACCUGGAGCAAAGAUCUUUGUCCAAUAUGCCAUUAUAGGAAGCUCUACUGCAAGCUACAAUAGAACAAAUCUACACUGGGCCUACCCACCUCUUCAGACUUUCAUCAAAACGAAUUGCCCAUCAUUGCUUUACAGAAAAAAAUACUGUUUUUAAAAAAGUCUCUACAGCUGCUCUUUAUUCCUUUACACCCUUUUUCAUGCCUCUGUUGUUGUUUUUUUUAAAAAAAACUUUUUGUUCUAGUAUUUUAGAAGAAUCGCUGGCUGUAAAUAUUGAACAUUGACAUUUGCACACCAUAGAUUUGUGGAUGUAAGCACAAUUAUUGGAUGUGGUGAGGUUACAUUAUAUUUGUCAAAUAAAGGAAGUAGUUUCAAAGCCCGUUGUUUCUGCUUGGUGUACUAUGGCAAGCAGCCUGUGCACCAGCCUACUAUACAUGAAGAUAAUCAGAAUAAAUAAAUUAAAAAAUUGUCCAGUAGCACCUUAGAGACCAACUAAGUUUGUUCAGGGGAUAAGCUUUCGUGUGCAUGCACGCUUCUAUAAUCAGAAUAGAUAUUGCUCUUAGUUCUUCCUUGACUGGAGUUAGGUUAGUAGAGAUGAGGAGCAGAAUUCUUGGUAGUUAUACCCUCCUUUUAGAAGUCCCUUAUCAGAGAAAUCUACCAGGCUUGGUUUUUCCACAUCUUCUGAAAAUUACUGAAUGCUAGUGGGCAUUCUGAGAGUAAGGCACAUGCUCUUAAACUGACCUAGUAUCUCCCCAGCACCCCAUCAAUAGCAGUUUUAUAGUUUUUAUGGUGGUAUAGCUUUAGUGGCAAUAUUUUUAAUAUUUUAAUUAGUUUCUAUUUUUAUUUGGCAUUAACUUUAUAGUUGCAAGCAACUUUUAAAAAUGUGUCAGAACCCUUCAUCUAGAUACAUGAAUCUUUCUGGCACAUCCUUAAGUCGGAUGAGAGACAGGGGCAAUGCAGGAAAUCCAGACAGGCAAGCCAGAAGGAUUUCAUAUAAACAAAAUUAACAGUAAGGAUGACAGGCGUGUGCUUAGUUCUGUGUUUGCCUGGGAAUUCACUUGCGCAACUAUGUUGCUCUCCAGGCAGCUUGAUGAAUGUUCAUUUCAACAUGCACAGGUAAUAGCACGAUCGCUUGUAACAUCUUGCUUGCCUUAAGAUGACAACAUUUUAACAUAAUGUUGGACUACAACCAGAGAAACUUCUUAGAUCAGAGCUCAUAUAGAAAAUGAAUUCUACAGUACUACAGCUGGAACUUUCAUAAUCUCUCUCUCUAAUAUAAAACGUAUUCUUCAGGAAAUCUUAUAAUUAGCUUUAAUUUGAAGCUCAUCUUACCUAGAAGGUAUUUUGAAAAGGAAAGCAGCUCUGGGAGAUGAUGUUGUUUUAUAAAGAAAAACAAAAGUCAAUUAAGAAUUCCUGCUUGUAUUUUCAGAUCUCUUUCUGUUCCAUAUGCUUACCAAUGCUGUGCUUUCUGGGGCUGUGACUCUUAUUUAAAUGCUAACACAGAAGAUUCCAGUCACCAAGAUUCAGUUGCACAUGAGCGAGGUGAGUCCUCCGAUAUAGUAGUAGUGUGUGAAAAUGGUUCAAAUUUUAGUGGGAUUUAAUGUUGCUAAGGGGACUAUGUAGUAUUUUGGUUUGCACAAUUCUCACAGGGAGCUUUCAACCUGCUCCAGUCUUCAAGGCUGAUGGGGAUCAGCAUGGUUUAUCCAAUCAUCACAUCUUGCCUGCCACGAUUUGGGUGUGUAUGAGUGUGAUACUUCCUUCCUCCACUCCCAGCACCAAAGCACAAACACAAAACUGCUCAAUCAUGCCAUGAUCUUCUGUGCUUCAAACUAUGGGGAAGCAUCCAUUACAUAACUUAAUGAGAAUUUGGAGUGCCAUCUAAGAGGAUUUUGCAGGCUUUCUCCCCACCCUCAAGUAGACUUAAGAUAUUUUAAUUUAAUAUGAAGCAAAAGUGUCAAUUACAGGAAUGUAUUUUUAAGAGUCUAAGAACCACCCAGUGGUUUCCUAUUUUAGUAUUUCUCUAGGCCUAAUCAUCUGCCUCUUUAAUCAAGGUGCACCGGAAGCAGAUUACUUAAGCAGCGAUAAGAAUGAGGAACUUGGUCAGACAAUAAUUCACUGUACCCCCACAACAGGUAACUGGACUGUUCCCUACCUUAAAUUUAUCAUCUGAAUGUUUGCAUUAAAGGUAGACAGAAUUCACCAGUCUGAUAAACAGUCUACUAAUUGUGGUGAAAUAAUUCAGAAAAGAUCUUCCUCCUCUUGUGUUGUGCACUGCUGUGUUAUUAUUUAUUGUUUUGUGGUUUUAUCUUAUGAUUUUAGCGCCAAUUAUGCUUGUUUAAAUUGAGGCACUUUCGUAGAAAUAUUCUGCCUUGGUCAGGCCACAACUAGAGUACUGUGUCCAGUUGUGGGCACCACAAUUUAAGGAGGAUAUUGAUAAGCUGGAACGUGUGAAGUGGAGAGCGACCAAGAUGAUCAGGGGUCUGGAAACCAGGCCUUAUGAGGAAAAGUUGAGGGAAUUGGGUAUGUUUAAGCAGGAUAAGAGGAGACUGAGAGGAGGUAUGAUCACCAUCUUCAAAUAUCUAAAGGGCUGUCACAUGGAGGGUGGAGCCAAGAUUGUUUUCUCCUGCUCUGGAGGGUAGGACUCAAACCAAUGGAUUCAAGUUACAAGAAAAGAGAUUCUGACUAAAUAUCAUGAUAGACUUUUUGGCAGUAUGAGCUGUUUGACAGUGGAACAGACUCCCAUGAGAUUCAGUGGACUGUUCCUUGGAGGUUUUUAAGCAGAGGUUGGGUGGCCAUCUGUCAUGGAUGGCCUUUAGUUGAGAUUUCUGCAUUGCGGGGGGUUGGACUACAUGACCCUUGGCGUCCCUUCAAACUCAACAAUUCUAUGAUUGUAUUUUUCUAACUAAUGCCUAUCUUACAAUAGUGUUCAAAUAUGUUAGCACUGACAAUCUGGUAUUUCUCACCAUAUUUUUUCUUUGCUUUUUUUAAGGUGCUUUCAAGCCCUGUGAAUACUUACUAGGAAGCUGGAUGAUCCGUCUUACAGUCUGGUUUAUUUUUUUGGUUGCCUUGUUCUUCAACAUGCUUGUCAUGUUAACUAUAUUUGCUCCUUGUACUUCACUGCCUUCCUCCAAACUAUUCAUAGGCUUGAUUUCUGUCUCUAACUUCUUUAUGGGGGUCUACACUGGCAUCUUAACUUUCCUGGAUGCAGUUUCUUGGGGAAGGUUUGCUGAAUUUGGUAUCUGGUGGGAAACUGGCAGUGGCUGUAAAGUUGCUGGGUUUCUGGCCAUCUUCUCUUCAGAAAGUGCCAUUUUUUUCCUGAUGCUAGCAGCCAUUGAGCGGAGCUUAUCUGCAAAGGAAAUAAUUAAAAAGGGUAAAAGCAAUGAUCAGAAACAAUUUCGAAUUGCAGCUAUUUUUGCUUUCCUGUGUGCACUUGUAGCAGGAUGCUUACCACUUUUCCAUAAGGGAGAGUAUUCUGCGUCACCUCUCUGCCUGCCCUUUCCCACUGGAGAAACUCCUUCCCUAGGGUUCACCGUUACAUUAGUGCUCCUAAACUCAUUAGCCUUUUUGCUCAUGGCUAUUAUUUAUAUCAAACUUUACUGCAACUUGGAAAAGGAAGACCUCUCUGAGAACUCACAGGCUAGCAUGAUUAAACAUGUUGCUUGGCUAAUCUUCACCAACUGCAUCUUUUUUUGCCCGGUUGCGUUUUUCUCCUUUGCUCCGCUCAUCACUGCAAUUUCUAUUAGCCCUGAAAUCAUGAAGUCUGUCACUCUAAUAUUUUUCCCAUUACCUGCUUGUUUGAAUCCAGUUUUGUACAUCUUCUUCAAUCCCAAAUUUAAAGAAGAUUGGAAAUUACUGAGAUGGCACAUCACCAAGAAAAGUGGGACUGGAACAGUUGCUGUCAAUACUCAAGGUGGCUGUGGGGCGCAGGAUUUUUACUAUGACUGUGGCAUGUACACACAUCUGCAGGGCAACCUUACCAUGUGUGAAUGUUGUGAAUCACUACUUAUGUCAAAGCCUGUGCCAUGUAAACACUUAAUAAAAUCCCACAGUUGUCCAGCUCUGACAGUAGUGCCUUGCCAAAGGCCAGAUGGCUAUUGGUCAGAUUGUGGUACCCAGUCUGCUCAUUCUGAUUACGCUGAUGAAGAGGACUCUUUUGUGUCUGACAGUUCAGAUCAAGUACAGGCCUGUGGACGUGCCUGUUUUUAUCAAAGCAGAGGUUUCCCAUUGGUUCGUUAUGCCUACAACAUCCCAAGGAUUAAAGACUGA